AUGAUUCGCGAAGUCGAGCCAACUGUUUGUAAGCAAGUCAUCGCAAAUUUUCUUGCCCGCAUAAAUCAAUGCCGUGACUCCAUAGGUGGGGUUAUUUUUCAUACAUAAAUGGGAGAUGUUUUCUGACCUGAAUGUAAAAUAAAAUUCCGUUUUUAAUCAAAUUUGUUACUUUUAUGACGUUUUUAAAUUCGUACCGGUUUCUGAAAUACUCUAUAUAAUAUCACACGACCUGAAGUAUACCCAUCCAUUAUACUCCUUAGCUCGGGAGCUAGUAAAAAAGCCGAAAAUAUUUCAGCUGAACCGUAAUUUAGCCGAGACGUAUUCUAUCCGAACCGUAUUUCAGCCGACAGAUCUUCCUCCACUACAACCAACUCUACAACACAACCAGUGCGCGCAUUUACCACUAGGGCGCUCUGCUAUACCUCAUCAGCAGGCCACACAAACAACCGAUUGUAUUGUAGCGUUAGUUAGGUUUUCUAAAUUGUGUACGAUCAUUUCUCUUCUCCAAAAAAUUACACUUUUUUAAAAUACGUGGUGACGGUGUAUUUUCAGUUCGCCCUCGUUCGGCGGCGGAGGGUCUUCCAAGCCCGGCCACGCGGCCAGUGCCGACGACGUUUCGACUGCGGUCGGUGGUCAUCACAGCGGCGGUUGUGGCGGACCCAGCAGUGGUGGCAGCUCGUCGGCCGUGAGCGCAGCGGAGCAUCUUUUGCACAAGGACAUUGCGGCAGUGGCGCAGGGUGGAUGGAAUGUAACCAAAUCGUUGAUGAACGUCAAGGCCGAGGAAGACAGCGUGAGUGUACAGAUAUAGAGGUUAUGAACUUUUAGAUUUGGAGCACAACAAGAGAUCUUAAAUUACCUUCUUAAAUUACCUCCCCAGUCUAAUUUCCUUUCAUAAAAAGUGCUUUCGUUGUAAAUCGAAGCGAAAUUGCUAGUAGAAAAGUUGUAUGCAAAUACGAAAAAAAACAGUAAUAGUAAAAUCAAUACAUUCUCUGCUUCUUUUGGAAUCCAAAAUGUUCAAAAAAAAAAAUCGCUGGUAAUAAGUGUAACGGGCCCAACGUAGGAAUAGGACUCGGACGAGAAAAAUAAAUAAAUAAAUUAAAACUCCAACUCGAGUUUACAAAUAAUUAAUAUUUCACUCAAAAAUAUUACAAGUCUAAUAAAUCAUUCUUCACAAAUAAACUAUGACCAAUAAUACAAUUCAAAACAUCAAACAUACUCGAAGUCCAAAUAGUUCACAAAUAAAUGCAAGACCAAAUAACAAAUAUUAGAGUGACGCGAAAUUGAUUGCAUUCGAUCGUGAUGAGUGUGGCUACUGUUUUACCACAGAAAAAAUAAAAUAAACAUCAUUGUAAAACCAAUUAAUUCCUUGCUCCACUCAGAAUCUAAAAAUUGUUUGCCACGAUAGAUUUUUUACGUUAUAUUUUGUAUUGCGAUACUCGCGAGUGAAGGAUUUUCAGCGAUUGAGGAAGAUAGAUUUUUUUUCUGAUUUACCCGAAACUGUUGAAAACGUUUUAUCCGUAUUAUUAUUCAGAUAUCCGUUACUAAUCCGGUUCGUCUUUAAAAAAAUAAAUAAGGCCACAAAAAUAAUGACGGAUAGAUUUUUAUCGGUAUAGCAAACAAGCUGACGCAACGAUUGAUUUUCGUGUACAUAUAUAUAUUGUAUGCAUAAUGCAUAUCUAAUACUAUCAAAAUGGAAUACAAUGUUUUAAAAAUUGUUUACACAGAUAAUGUUUAAAUGAUAAUAUGAAUAUGAUAUCUAUUGGAAUCGGAUUCGUUACGAACCUUUUAAAACGAACCCCGCCGUGGCAACAUAUUUCCACCGCCCCUAACCCCACCACCUCAUGAAAAAUGCUAUUUCUUAAAAUGUAAGGUAUAACUAUUUUGUUAUGUAUAAUUUUGGUCCACAGGAAAUUGAGCCAACAAAUUACAUAUUAUGCUACUCUCACUAAUUUAAACAUAUACAAUAUACACUAAAUACAUUCAUGUGUGUUUUAUUAUUGUAAAAUUUAUUAUGAAUAAUAAUUAUGAUCAUAAAAAUUGAACAAGUGUAUUAUAAUUUGCUAUAGGAUACAAAUGUUAACAAUUCAUAUGUUUUAGUUAUUUAUUAGUACCUAAUAAGUAAUAUUUUGCUCAUUAUCUCGAAUAUGAAUGAGAAUUCUAAAAUAUGAUCUUUCUAAAGUAUCAACUAGAGCCAAAACAAAAUAGGUCUUGUACGUGUCACGUUUUAAUUGGGGCAACAUUUCUUGGAGAAAAGUUGAUUAUAGGCAGAAAAAAUAAAUAAUGCACAUCAUAGUAAAACCUGCAAUAGAUAUUUCGCUUCACUCUGAAUCUAAAAAAUCAUCGAAAUAAUCGUACAUCUACGCGCGCAUAAUGUACGGAUAAUGUACCGCAGAGGGCUGGUCAGGUGCCUAUAAUAUUAAAGUGGUCGGAUAUAUCGUUUCUCGGGGAGAGCCGGAACAUUAUGUUAUAUAUAUAUAUAUAUGUAUACGAGUAUACCGUAGAACUGGGCGGUAACGAUUAACGUUUUCGGGGAUACAAGACGAGGCAGCCGACCGAAACGUCUCUGUUAAAUAAUCGAGUGGUGGUCCCCCGAACAUAUUAACUGCGUUCGUAUUUAUCGCAUGUAUAUAUAUAUAUAUACAAUACUUCUAUGCAGCCUUUAGUCCGAAAACGAUUAUUCGUCCUUUCCGCGCGAAUCCCGCCACUCCUCCCCGGCGCGGAACGUGUAAUUAAUCGCGAACCGAUGUCGAAGGCGCAAUACACCGCGUGUUGUACCAUAGAAAAUCGCGUGUAUAAACGGAGUGCGUACAUACAUAUCUUAUACACAGAUGAAAGUUGCGGGUUUUUAUUCGCGCCCGGGAUCAAAAGCCGGGUGGACGGCAGCCGUUCGUUCGUGACAAAUUUCUGAUAUUUAACUCGUCGCGGUAAAUCGACGGCGAUGACGUGCACGCAUUUACCGGCAGCGCGGCGGCCAGUUUUCUGAUGGAACUAUUAAUUCGUUUCCGGCGAUAACACAAAAUAGGUUUUAUCGGCGGUCGAAGGUGACGCUAUGUGAUUAAUGAGAAAACCGGGCGGUAAAUUAAGAAUUUACGAUCCCGACUGUAUUAGUAUAUUCUCUUAUUCCAUCCACCGUCUCCUCCCACCCGACCUUUUAGACGCCCUUGGAACUUUCGAUGUUCAGCCGGGUGACAUAUUUUUCAUUCGUAAACAAAUAUCCGAAUCGCCAUAUUUAACUCCGGGGCAUUUUAGAAACUGAGUGUAGUGAAGAAAAUGCAUAGGUUUUCGAUAUUCCUUGCAGUUGUCAUAAUAAUUAAGACGGCUAUAAUUUGUUACCGCGGUUACACAACAAUUCAAUUUGUAAUAAAGCUCUCAAAAUACUCGGUUUCAUCUGACGAAUGGCCACUGAAUUACGUUUACCUUAAAUUAUUGAAACUCUGUUUUGUUCUUUGGCAAGCUCUAUUUUAGAGUAUAGAUCAAUUAUAUGGGAACCCCAUACCGCUGACGAAAUCAAUCAACCGAAAAGGGUACAACGCUUAAUUUGUCCUUAAAUGCUUUUAAAACUAUAGAUUAUACAUAUUCAAUUUAGACGGGAAAUUGAAUAUUUAAUACUAAAUGCUAUUGAUUAGGGACACAAAUAUUAGUAUUUAUUUUUUGAACUCAUGUUACAAUUUAAUAAUGACUAAAAAUAGUUUUAGGCAAUAUUUAUUUUAAAAAUCUAUAACUGUAAUAAUGUUAUGCUUUCCUAUUAUUGAAACUUGCAACGAUUUUGAUCGAGGCUAAUACAGAGUGUCCCUCGAAGAUAUCUUAGAUACCCGUUGUGAUAGGUAUCCCGGAAAGUAUUAACUUUUUCGGAAUUUUUGUUUUGAAAAUUUAAAAAACAAGCAGCUCUAAAAUGUUACUUCAUCAUUAUUUCUGGUCACCCUUAUUCUCGGCGAUGAAACGUCAACCCAUCUAUUAUAUACAUUUAUUAUAAUAGUAAUAAUGGUACACGUUUUAUUAUAAAGUGUAUUGUUAUUCCCGUUAUAGUAAAAUGUACGGUGAAUGGUUGAGACGAGUGGUGAUUAGUUAUUUCGAUUAUAACGGUCGUCGGAAACAAAUAAAUAACAAAAUAUAAAAACAAAUACAAUCAAACGUUGAACUAAAAUGCUGAACUAUUGGAAAUCAAAAAUAUAGGGAUGGUAUACGGUUUUUAAUUAAUCUUAAUUUAACGGGUGCACGGUUUUGGUUGUAUUAGAAUAAUAUUAUUUCUAUCGUUGUUAUUUUUUUUUAUACAUUUUAUUUUAAUUGGACAUGGUCCAUACCGAUGUACAUAAAUAAAUCGUAUAUAUAUAAAAUUCUCGUAUCACGUGUUUGUGGUCGCAUUUCUCCAAAACGACUUGACCGAUUUUCAUGAAGUUUGUUGUGUAUAUUUGGUAGGUCUGAGAAUAGGUCAUACAGUAUUUUUUUCCCUCCUACUACCACCUACUAUUUUUUAUCGCGAUUUUGAUAUUUUUGAAUAUAUAUUAGGGUGGUCCUUAGACUAUAGAUGAAGAAAAUUUUUUUUCGAUUUUUGAUUGGGCUACCACUGAAAUUUGUUCAAACUCACAAAGAAAUGUAUUUUGUAAAAUUUCGUAAUAAUCGGUAAACCUUAAGGCGUGCCUCAAGAGGGUUAAAGUUAAAAUAAGGGUGAUUUUUAGAUUUUUGUAAUUUUAGUCUAAAAUAAUUAAGAUAGGCAAAAAAGUAUAUGAAUAAAAUAUUUUUUAAAUUAAAUAUACCAUAUACAAUGUUACUUGUACUUUUUUAUUCACCCCCCCCCCCAAAAAAAAAAAAAAAAACUAGUUUUUAGUAUUAAAUAACUAAUAAAUAUAAUAUGCCGUAUUGCGUACCUAUAUUUUAUAUAUUAUGUUAUACAUAUGUAAUUCAAAUUAAACACAAAUAAUAUUUAAAUAAUAAUAUACAUAAAUGAUUUUUUUAUGGUUUCAAACAAAUUUCAUGGGUAGUCCGAUCAAAUUUUAUAAAAAAAUAAUAAGGACCACCCUAAUAUAUAUAUAUAUUAUAUAAUAAAUACAAUAUUUUUUGUUGAUUUGUGUUACCCUGGUAACGGGGAUUAAAAAAAGAAAUGGUGAUUAAUUUUUAUUAGAAAUUAGUCGGAAAAUAUCAUUUGAUCGGUCCAGCCGUUUUUGAGUUACAAAUGGUGUAACUAACCCGACUUUGUUUUAAAUAUAUAAGAUUUUUGUUUAUUCAAGGGUUGUCACAGAAAAGAAAGCUAUUAUAAUUAUUAUUAUUACUAUUAUCUACACUAUUUAAAUUUUAUAAUAGAACACAUUUAGUCCACCUUUAGUGGACUAAAGUUUUUUUGUAACAUUUUUAUUCUAAAUGGUGUAUUAAGGGGCUCAUAUUUUAGAUUUCUUUGGAGUUUUAAUAAUAAAUGGAAAAAACCGUUUAGGAAAACUGAUAAAUAAAUGACAAUAAAAAUGUCUUUAAUGUAAAUUUUGUUUAAUUACGAAGAGUUUGACACCGAAUGUUAAGCGAUACAUAAUUUCUGAAACAAAAUGUUGUUUAGUUAGUAUGUAAAACAUUCAUUUUAAAAUGUUAUUUGUAGUUUUUUUAAUAAAUGGGUAAAACUUGAGGAAACGUAGAAAAAUUUACGAAAAUAAUGGAUUCAUUUUUUCGAUUUUGUUUUUAAUUGUAUUUAGGUUGAAAAUAAUCGAAGAAAUCUUAAAUUUUCACAGAAUAAUUAUAUUAGCUUUUUCUAGAAAAAUCAAAUUUCAAAACAUUCUGGUGAUUUUUGAGAUAUUUAUAGGCAUUUUACAUUUUCGAGGUUUUUUAGUUUUUAAUUGGUUUUAUGUGUAUACAUUUCUUUGGCCAAACAGAAAUGCUUGAAAAUUUUACAUAUUAUAAGUUAUACUUAAUCUAAGUGGUUAAAAAAAAAGUGGAACAUAAUAUAAUAGUUUUUUAAUAAGCAUUUUAAGAUCAAAUUUCAACGGAAAUCGCAAAAAUCACGUCAUUUCAAAACGUGUUUAACAAAACUUCACUCAGAAUCGGAUUUCGUUAGCAAUGAUUUAUCGUUAAGUACAGAUAUUAAUUAUAUAACUUUAUAUAUCCUACCUUCCCAAUUACCUACCCAAAAUAGUGACUGCACCCGUCCCCAGUAUCAGCUCUUUUUAGGGUUAUUUUAAUUUAAAAAUCAGAUAUAUCCAAAAAAAAAAAAAAAGUAUUAAAAUAAGUAUAUUUUAUAUUAUAUUAUUAAAAUAUCUUAAAAUCGCAUGAAAUAUCAUAGGAUAUAGGAUAUUUAAAAUAAAAUCGAAAAACAAUAUUAUACAUUUUUGUUUUUGAUUAUUAAAUACGGUACAGAAUCUUUCAAAAAAAAUUGUAUGUAUGAAUACAAAAGGAAGGUUGACAUUUGUUGAUAACAGUUUUGUUACUUCGUUAUUAUUUAAACGAACAGCAAAAUGUAUUUACGACAGCUCUGCAUGCAGACUCCGUGAUAACUGCUAUUUCGUCAUAGAUAUUUUCACUUAAAUGUACCCAAGAAAUUAUUUUGUUGUACACUUUAGAUUUAAAAUAUCCCUAUGAGAAAAAGUCCUUUAGGCUUUAGGCUCAGGAUUGUGUGGUGACCAAUUUAUGUUACUUCUCCUGCAGAUCAAUUUGCGAGGAAAAAUUUUUACGAAUUCAUGGCAGAGACGUAUUGAAGCCACAUCACAUACGAUAUAGUUCCGUCUAGCUGAAACCAUAUUCAUUGUAACUAGAAAACAUUUGCAGUUUAGGUAACAAAAAAUCAUACAACAUCUCCAGAUAACGUUGUAAAUUUACUGUAAUAAACUUUAUUUUGAGGUACUUUGUAUAUAAUAUUUUGAAAUAACGUUUAUUAUGUGUAUAUGAUACAUAUAAAAACAUUAGUUCCAAUAACUUUAAUAAAUAUUAUUAUUAAAUUAAAUAUUAUCCUAUAUAUUAUUCAUAUUUUGGAUCAGAAACUAAUAACGAAAUAUAUAUUAUAUAUAAUAUUAUAAUUAGUAACAAACCUGUGAAUUUUCGUGUUUUUUUAACAAACCGAAUAAAUUUAAAUAUAGCUUGCUACUCAGAAAGAGCCAACAUAUUUUGGAUAUUAUAUACAGCACAGCGCCUGGAAAAAUAGAAAAUGUAAAUUUAAAUGUACUUGGUGAACGUUCCGGGCCAUGGCAAUUAUUUCUAAUUUUGAACUAAAUUACAAAAAGAAAAAAGAAAAAAUGAUUAGAUUUGUUUACAAGAUCCAUACUUCUGUAACUAUGCAUAAAGAUUUUAUUUGGAGCUAGUGCUGAAGUAUCACUCGUAUCAUCUCGCUCCGGUCAAAAUUAAAAAUAUUUACUUGAUGCGUAUGGAUUGUUAUUUGUUUAUUUUCUAUAUAGUUGAUAGAUAAUGCGAACAGAGGACCUGCCAAGAAUUUGUUUAAUUAUUCAAUGUAAAUAAGAACCUAUUAUAGUUUUCCUAACAUGUAUUUUGCUUUAUCAGAAAACAUUGUUUUGGUUAGUGAAAAUGCUCCGAUUUUUUUCUUGUCGUAAUUUAAAAUUCCUUGUCAGUUUUUUAUAAAACAAUUCAUUAACUAACGACAAAUGAUUUUAUUUUUACUGGUUUCUGUGUUGCCUAUAAUAAGUGGGAAAACGUCACAUUCGAGUGUACAUACAAAUUUAAAACCCUUACUGAGCUCUACUCGGGAUUUUGUUUCGGUCGGUUACAAUUGACGUUCAUCAAGUUGGCACCGGCACAUUAUGCUAAGCCUAUAUAACUAAUACCAAAGAAUUGCUGGUAAUUUGCUAAAUUUUGGUAGAUCAUUUUUGGAAUUUGCUACAAUUCAGUUUUUCUGGAAAAUUGUAAAAUGGCUCAGCACCUGCAUAUUUUUCAAUCGGCUCGAAAGUAGUGUCAACAAAUUUCUAAUAAUUUGCUAGAUCUUAAUUUGGCACAUUGUCUUAUUAACCAAUGUUACUACACAAAUAUGUAUUAAAUAACGGUGUAUUCUAACGUUGCUUUCAAACAAGUUAUAAGUUUUAAAAUCCAAAGAGGCAAAAUGGCAUAAUCUAGCAAAUAAAAUUACUCUAUAAAUGUCCAAUACCUUAAACACUUUUCGCCUACAACCAUGACCUAAUACACCUAAUAUACCUAAUAUACUUAAUAUACUUAAUAUACCUAAUAUACCUAAUAUACCUACUCAUGCUGCGAAAUAUGUUAGUAUUUUAAAUUUUUUUGUUAGCAUCAUGUCUGAUAUACGUCUGAUUGUUUUCGUCAUGUCGUCAUAAGCCCAAAUAAAGUUGGUUUAAAGGCGCUUUGUCCCCCUCCUCCCCCCAAAAAAACUUAAGUUCUUAACAAGUUAACCUUAAGUAUACAUAAUCAAUAUUAAUAAGAGGAGUGUUAAUAUUUGGACUAUUUGCACCUAAGUCGAUAUCACAUAAUAAUAUAUCACGUCAAUUAUUUUUUUAUAUUGUAUCUAGCACGAUCGCUGCCAAUCGCUUACCGAGUUGAAUAAGGAGCCGCCAGCCGUGCCGUCCGAGAAGGUCGGCCAAAUCAAUUUCGGCCUCGAAUAUGACUAUCAGCAAAACACGCUGAUCCUGCGCAUAAUCGCGGUAAGUCAUUUUAAUCUAAUACUUAAUAGUAUUAAACCAAUCGUGCAGAUCGUGCAAUAUAUUGAAUUAUACAAUAUAAGACUGUAAUAAUCAAGUUUAACCCGGUAGCAACAAGAUUGCUAGCUAAAAUCUACGGUUUUGUCGUAUAAUCUGUGCUAAUAUAUUAUUUUACAUAUGCAUUGCCGAGUACUUUGCAAAGGAUUAAUCGAUCGCUGCAGUAUAAUUAUUUUCAUCACGCCCGGUGAUUUCGUACCAAAUAUUUCGUUCAAAUUCGCAGCUUAAAAAAAAAAUCAUCAUUUUUUGUCGACGAACACAAUGUUAUUUAUAAUAUUUUAAUGACAUUUGAAAUACAAAAAAAAAAGGGGGGACGGACAUACUUCACACGUGGUUGCAGCUGCUGUUGUAGGUGGAAAAUUGGGAAGAUAAGAUACAGACGGGAAGUAGGAAGAAAAGAGCGGUUUUAAAUCAAUGGGUGCUAUACCUAUUUUUUGUUGGUUUUUUUUAACAGAUUUUUAUUAUUAAAUCAAUACUUUAUAAAAUAAAUUACAAAGUAUUAAAUAAAUAAUGAAAAAUAUAAUCUAAACCUUAAAGCAAAGUUUGUGGUGGUAUUAGGAGUUAUAGUAUACAUGAUUAAAUUACAUAACAUAAUAUAUAAUUAUUAAUAAACAAUUAGGUUAUACUACAUAGUUAAGUAAUACUUAACGAGUUAAAUAAAAUAUUAUGUACAAUUAAACAAUAAAGUAUGAAAAACAUAAAAUAUCUCUAUAUUAUACAGAUUAUUUAUUGCUAAUAUAUAUUUUACCAAUAUAUGCAUUACAAAUUGGAUUACUAAAAUUGUCUUUAGUUAAACCUAUUAAAAUUUUUUUUCUUAAACAUAUCCCAAUAAUUUUUUUUUAUAAAAGUUAUAGUGGUCUAGAUGCAUUUUGAUUAAGCCCCCCCCCAAAUCAAUAAACCUAUUGGAGUAGUGUUUGAAAUAGUGAUAAGUAAAUUAUGCGCAUAGUUCGCAUUGGUAGAAACGACCGUAAUUUAUGAUAGCUAAACGAUAAUCAACGCAUACGCAUCACAGUAUUAUUUACAUGUAAGUUCCAUUUCAUAUUUUUAUCAAAUGUUAAACCCAAGUAUCUUAACCUAGAGACUAAAUAUUUUUUGACAUUUUAGCACAUUAAAUGAAUCCAAAUUAUCAUAAGUAUGAAAUUUUAAGUUAUCAAAACUUUUAUUAUCCUUAAAAAUCAAUAAAUUUAUAAAAUUUGUUUUAUUAAAAUUGAUUGAUAGUUUUCUAUAACAUGGCUCCUCUUGGAAGCUAUACUUAUUCACAGUUUUUCGAGGGGUGCUAUACUUUUACAUGGUCUUCCGAAUUUUCCACCUCUUCGUCGACAUAUAUUUUCCCACUCCCUUUUUAUUAUUUUUGCGUUUUUAUACAUUUUAUAACUGAUUUUUCCAAGGCUUUUGACGUUUUCAAGUGGUUUUUUGUAGAUUUUAAGAACAUAUAAAUUCGGUCUCUACUUCUAAUAUAUAAAGAAAAUUAUUUCUUACUUUAGUCAUCGACAGUAGUUUAAACAGUGAACAUAAACUCUACAAAAAUCUGCAGUUUAUCCCAGGUUUUGGGAAAUCGAAUGAAACCAACGAACGAGCGGUUUGGAUUAUUGUUGCUAACAGAAAAUUUUAACCAAUAACAAUCUAUUUUCUGAUGUUGGACAUAUUAACUACAUAGAAGUAGAGGAAUUGCUGGAUACAAAUACUCUUUCUCAUAUAACAGGUCUAUUUUGCGAUAAUAUAAUGCUUGUGAAAAUAACUGAUCUUGUAAAUUGUGAAGGACCAAACAGUAUUCUAAUCAAGAAAGAAAUAUAUCAAUCAUUUAAUAGCUAUAAUUGUACAUAAUUGUAAAACCAAUGCAUUCCUCGCUCCUCUCAGAAUCUAAAAUAGUUAAAAGUACACCUAAAACCAUGAUUCAAUAAACAAUACCUGUAAGUAUACGAAUACUCUAGGGAUGGGCAAGAGGGACUAACUGUUCUCUCCAGAUAAUUGACAAGGAAGACCAACUUUAGCCUACGCCGUUAUAAGUUAAAAUAAAAAAUAAAAAAAAGAUUGGACAUUCACACGUGGAUGCAGGCAGUGUUGUACGUAUGAAGUUGAAAAGGUUGGAUACAGACAGGAAUUUAGGUAGGUAUAUUAUAUCUGUAAGUGACGAUAAAAAAACCAUCGCUAACAAAAAAACGAUUCUGAGCGGAGUUCAGUUGGUAGUAUUGCUUUGUCAAAAAUAUAGGUAUAUGUCAUAUUAUGGUAAGAUAGUUAAAUAGGCAUUAUAAAUUAGGAAUGUUAAUGGUUUUCCAACGGGAAAAACCGAGAAUAAACGGGAAAAUUUACAAAAUGUAUUAUUUCAAUUUUAAAUUCAUUUUUAAGUAUUUGUAGAGAUAUGCAAUUUAGAUAAAACAUUUAUAUUUGCCUUUUCUAGGUCAUGGUAAAAUAUUCAAAACAUUUUAGUUAUUAGUCCUUUUAGAGCUAUUUAUUGGCAUUUGAAUUUUACUAGUUUUUUACGCAAUUUUUAUUCAUUAGGUUGUAGAUACUCUGUGGGUAAAACUGUUUGACCGCAUAAAAAUACUUAAAUAUUUAACAAGAAAUUUAUCGUAAAUGUAAACUUUGUGGUUUAAAAAAAAAAUUGAAUGUAGUAUACAAUUUUUUUUAUAAGAAUUCUAAUAUCAAAUUUUGACGAAAACCGUAAUUAUUACUAUUUUUACGGCCUUUUAAAAUAUAUUUAACGAAACUCCGCUCAGAAUUUGUUUUUGGUUAGCAAUGUUUAAUCGUUGUGUAUAGAUAUACAUUCAAUUUCCCUGUUUAUUUUAUCUUUCUUCUCAACUUUUCACCUACAACAGUGGCUCACCCGUCGUGUGAAUUUUGUCCGUCUUUCUAAUAUUUAAAUUAUUAAAACGCUUUCCAUUAUUAUAAAACUAUUAAAACUGUUAAUCAAGUCAACAUUUCUAAAUCAUUAAAACGUAUUUGUAUUUUAUAUUAUAUUUAUUUAUUUAUCACUGCUUUUUGUGUACGUCUUUUUUUAUUACUUUUAUUAUUAGAUAAUAUCUACCUGUACGUUUUUACUGUUGGUACUUUUAUAAUUUUUGUUUCAUAAUAUUUUACUCUUACUAUCUAAUAACUAUAAUACUGGUUUCUAUAUUGGAAGAAAUACACCUGGAAAGUGGGAUAAAGUGCUUUCUUUUAUAUAUCUAAUAGAUUUUCAGUUUUACCACAGCUUGUGCCCCCACAAAUUUAACUUAGAUUUUACAUAUGCCUCUAAUACCUAACGUCAAAUCCGUAUUUAGUUCAGCAAGGAUUAAUUUUAUUGUUUCAAGUGGCAACAAUUUUACUGGUGGAAAAUUUAAAAAAACUUUAAUUAUUCAGCCUCUAUAUCAAUACUUUUGGUAAUCUGAUACUAAUUUUCGAUUUUAAAAUUAUUUGUGCCUUAAAUCAAUAAAAAAUGUAUUCUAAUCAACUAUAAUAAAUGUCAUAUUUGAAAAAUGUAUUUUUGUAAAAACGCUUAAACUAACAUUUAUACUUAAAUAAUACUAUGUUUCCCAGUAUAUAGUAUUAUGAUUGGUGUUCAUAUAAUAUAUUAUGUUAUAAUUUAUAUUCAAUUGAAAUUUCAGUGACGUGACGUAUUAAGUUUCUCGGUAUAUAGUAUUAUGAUUGGUUUUCAUAUAAUAUAUUAUAUUAUAAUUUAUAUUCAAUUGAAAUUUCAGUGACGUGACGUAUUAAUAACCGAACGUUUUUCGUAUCACGUUUUCCAUUUAUUUAAUCGUUUUGGAACAUUUUCAUUUUCGGUGUUUGUGGGGAUAUUUAAAAAGAAAAAAAACUACAUAAACCUUUUAAUAAUAAACUGAGCAUAGCCAGAUCCAUCUUUCGCGUGAUGCGAUAAUAAUUUAUCGUCACUGUCAAAUUUAAGACAAUAAUACACCACUGUCUCUCGUCGACCAAACAGAAUAGUGAGACGACGCAACACCUCUAUAUAGCCUCAUCCAUAUCCGGUCCAUUUUUUUAAACUUACUUUUUUAAAAAGAAAAUUAACAAUACAGAGCACGAUAAGUAUUUAAUAAAAUAAUCCUAGUACAAUAUAGUACCUAAUCGAGUUAUAAAAACUGCAGUUAUUAUACAAACUUUGAUCGAUAGAACAGUAAUACAGUAAAUAUAUCUUCGAAUUUAGGGCAAGAGAUCGUAAACACGUUGACAAACAUAAUAUGUAUAUCACUAAUUAUCUCGGAAAAUAUUAAAUUUUUUCGGAAUUCGUUUUAAAGAGCAUUUAAGAAAAAAGCAGCUCUACAAUUUUAUAUUUAUGUUAUUUUUGUCACCCUUAUUUUUAAGGGUGAAACCACUGUCUACUUUUGAUUUUCAAUUAGAAACCUAAAUUAAAAAUUCCAUAAAUAGAUAAAUUUUUAGUUAGAACAAAUUUUGAUGUUAAAAUAUUUGACUUACGCCAAUCCGUUGACGAAAUAUUCCAUUUUCAAGUAUGGCUCUGGGGAGAGUAGUGGAGCAUAAUUUACAGUGAUAGCACUUCUUCUGAAAAUAAAUCUAACUGGGAAGGUACUUUUGGGGAGGCCAUUUUUCGAUUUUCCAAGAAUUUUUCCAGCAAAUGUGAAAAACCGGGAAAAGACUUGGGAAAAACGUAGAAAAAACCGGAAAAUCUGUACAAUAUUAAAAAAUAUUAUCAAAGAAAAUAUAUAAUGCCUAUUUAAUUAUUUGACCAUAAUAUGACAUAUAUUGUUAACAAAUCAUCACUAUCAAAUGAACUCCGCUCAGAAUCGUUUUUUUUUUUUUGUUAGCAAUGUUUUAUUGUUGCGUUUAGAUGUACAUUAAAUUCCUUUCUGUAUCCUACCUACUCGUUUCCAAUUUCCGAUCUACAAUAGUGGCUGCAUCCACGUACGAAGUACGUCCGUCUUUUUUCUAUUUAAUUUUGUUUGUGCACUUUUUAAGCAGAUAGGUUUUUUACUUUCUCUGACACUCUUAUGAGUAUCCAAUGAUGUUUAUCAAAAUUCAUUAACUUAUACAUCAGAUUUUCUCCUAGGCAAUCGCAUAAAACCGUUUCUAUUAAACUACAAAAAGCUAAAAAUAUAUAGUUGCUUUUUAUUUUCAUUAUUUCAGUACAAAUUAAUAAAAAUUUUAAUAAUACUGCACUUUAGAAAUUUUGGUGUCUCUUCAUUACCACCCCAUAAUGGUAUGUAAAGACGUUCUACUCAUACAAUAUUUUUUCAAAACCAUAUAUCAAUCACUAAAUACACAAAGGACAUGUGUUCAAAUUUUAAACUUUGCUAAAAAAGAUGAAAAUACUUAAUUAAAAAUUGAAAAUAAACUUUAUGUUUAUCACUAUUUAUAGGGUUAGAUACCAUUUGCACGUUUCUCCAGUAUUUUUGACAAAUUUAAAAUUAUGCGAUUAAGGCGUUUUUUUUAUUUGUCUUUCUUGAACAAUUUUAAAAUGUAAACAUACAAUUUCUGUAUUUAUUGGUUGAUACAAUGUACCAAGUUUUGUUGAACUAAUUGCUCCGUUUUGUUCCCUAACAAUCGAAAUCACUCGUAUUUUUUGUAUGUACAAAAUUAUUUCAUAGUCACUCAUGAUCAACAACAUGAGAAAUCGCUCGUAAUCUUGAAAAGGGACACUUCGAAAACGAUUUUUGUAUUUGCAAACACCGAGUGGAAUGAACACAGUUUAAAGAGACCCUAGUAAAUUGAAUACUGGAUAAUGUAUGGUAUUUAUUGUAUACGAAACGGAUUUUCUUUAUCGUAGAUGCAUCUACUCGAUACUAAAUUUCAGACAGAUUUUAUUUUUUCAAACAUUUAUAGGAAAAUUCAAAAAUAAAUAAAUAAAAACAAUACAGGAAAAGAUUAGCGUGCUCAUUUUAUUUUUCGAAAUAGUUACCUACUCUAUUCGACUAUCUUAAUAUUUCAUUUAAGAGGUUCAAUUAUCAAUAAUAAUAGUAUCUGGGCAUCUAUAUAUUUUUAUAGGUGGAUAAAUGUGUAUUUUUUUUUUUUUUUUACAAAAUAUUCAUUUAUAAUACAAAACAAGGGAUACAUAAACCAUUUUUGUUUAAUAUUAAAUAAUUUUUUGAACAAACACAUUUCGAAAAAAAAAGUUACAUUAAUAUUAUAUAUAAUAUCAAUAUCAUAGCAACAUAUUACGUGAAAACGGAACACACGGCUGUGUAAUGUUUUAUGGCACAGAAACCCUAAAACAAUAUAAUAUAAUAUAAAAAAAAAAUAUAUAUCUAUAUAUAUACGAAUGUAUCCAAAACCAAUAGAAAUACAUGAUAUUUUUUUCCGUAGUGAAAAGUAAAAAAUACAAUACAUAUCUCUUAUAUCAUUGUGCCUAACAUAAUAAUUUUUAUUGGAUCGAUAGCUUAUAUAACGAGGAACGUAUUCUAUAAAACUGGAUUAUCGUUCGACGAGAAUAUUUAAAAAAAAUAAUACAUAAUUAAUGAAUUCAAAAUGUUGGUUGGGUAAAAUAAUUCACCCGAUACUCGGGUACAGGAUAGAUUAUUAAUUUAAAAAAUUAAAAUUAAAAAUACCUAAUUCAAAAAGGGUAUUUAAAUAACUAAAGAGAAGUGAGUUUAGUUAUGUAAACCUGAACAAAAUACGAUUUCGUGCCUAAAAUAUCACGCACCUAUAUAUUUUAUACGUGACACGAAUAUGCAUUAUAGUUUACAAAACUUCCCGUCGAAAUAAAAAUAAAACGCUUAUAACAUUGGAACUAUAAUAAUAGUUUUAUAAUAAUACCUAUAAUAGUUACCUAUCACUUAUAAACCAAGUCACCGGACUUAUAUGUAUAUUUUAUUCUAUUCCGUAUUUAAAUUUCCAUAUACAACUGUAAUCAUUUUCUAUUAAGUUUCUGACGGUUUAAAUUAUCGUGUUAUGCCUACGGGGUGAACAUUUAUAAACUUUUUAAACUUAUUAUAUUGUACGACUGUAUUCUUUUAUUAUUAUUGUUUUUUUUUUUUAUUAAAUUUCUAAGGAAAAUAAUUUAAAAAUAUAGUUUUCUAAAUGAAAAUUUUAAUUUUUUAUAUGUCCCUACAAAUACAAAUAAAAAAAAACAAAUGAAAAUCCUUUGCAUGAUGGGUGGGUCAUUAAGAUCUAGAAAAACCAUAGCUAAGGGGACGGGCUUGGCAAACUAGCUGCGCACGUUCCCGAUGGUUUCUUGGGUAGGGUGGUCGACCUGCUUCAUUGGCCACUUCGUCUAAACUGCACGAGCCUUUUCUUGGCACUAGAUAUAAGUACCAUCACGGAUUUAUUCGCGAAGCGAAACUGAUACAUGACAAUUUUCGUGUAGCAGCGAGUGCGUACUUCCCGACCGAGGUCGUAUCAGGAUUACGGACUCUUUUCUUCGCGUUUUCGAUCGGGGAUCUUUUCGCGCUCUGACCUUCGGGUCGCAUCGCGAGCAAAUCCUUCAGUUUGUCUACCUAUCUCUGACAACGGAGAUUGUGUUAUCAAACGCGUGGCGGUAGAUUUCUGGCUGCCCCCGGUACGGACCGAUUGUUCGUCCCGUUGGUUGCUGGGUAUCGAAAUAUGUUCUACUUUUGACAUUUUUGAAAUGUAGUUCGGGUGUCUUUUGCGCCCCGGUGUUGGCUAUAGGUUCGGUCUGCGGUCGGCGUCAUGCGGUAGGAUUCAAACGGGCUUAUGAGUUCCGUUAGGUAGUUAAUGAGCCGGGGGUCACCCACCCGACGGCGACUGAUCCAUGAGCAGACGAUUAGGCGAAUCGAGUAGCGGUUGUUAGGACCGCGUUUUGAUGCAUUAAUAUGCAUCCGGGGCUUGCCCUGAACCUCCGUGGCUCGUUACUAGCUUUUAAAGCUAAUACGACGGUCCGCAGUUGUACCAUGCACUGUGCAGAAUAAAAUUAAAAGACCCACUGUUGUAGGUGAGAAGUUGGGAACGUAUAGAGAGGAACUUUAAUGUAUAUCUGUACCCAAAGUGUAAUCAUUGCUAACGAAAAACGAUUUUGAACGGAAUUUGGUUAUACGUGUUUAAAAAAAUCGUAAUAUUUACAAUUUGAAAAUAAUACAUUUCGUACAUUUUCCUGUUUUUCUUCGUUUUUUCUGGGUUUUCAUAUCAAUUAUGAAAACCUCUUUGAAAAUAAAAAAUUAACUUCUUGAGGUAUCACCACUUCGUAAAAAUUUCCUUUCAGAAAAUGUGCUACACAUGAAAAUUUAAGUAAAAUUUCAAGUAGAAUAAUUGUUCAAAGAAAAAAAAAAAAGGGUUUAUAGAUUAUUUCAGUUUGCAUAUUUUCAUUUUUUAAUUACAUGCACCUCCCCUAUAUUGAGUAUAAUAAAUACAAAAUGCCUUACAGUGUUAUCCUAGUGCUAAUAACUCUGUCAAUAUUCAUUUUCAUAAAAACAAUUGGAUUUUAUGUUAGAGGGACACAAAUGUAGAAAAAAAUUAAAUUUUUAUUUUUACCCCUUAGCCAAUAAAAAAAAAAAACUUAAUUUUUUUCGAUUUUUAAAAUUUUUAAAAUAGUCAACUUGUAAAAUAUAUUAUUCUAUACAUUUUCAAAUAUACCAUACUUUUAUAUUCUACCAAUAGUUUCUUAGUUAUAGCGGAUUGUGUGGAAAAUAGGCGUUAAAACAAUUAACAUUCAAUAGAAGAUAAGGAAUUACCGUGUUUAUUGUGAUUCCUUAUCGCAUACCUAACGUGUUAUUCUAUUGGAAAUUGUUUUUACAUCAAUUUUCUAGAAAUGAAUACAGCUACUACUAAGAAAAUAUUAAACGAGUAUGAAAAUAUGGUACAUUAAAACGUUUGGAAUAAUAUAUUUUACAAAUCGGUUAUUUUGAACAGAUUAAAAAGUUAUUUUUUUUAGUGUGAAGGGAUGAAAAAAAAAAUGUAAUUUUUCUUUCCAUUUGAGUCCCUCUGGUACAAAACUCGAUUGAAAAAAAUACUUAACAUUGAUAGAGUUUUUAUCAUUCGCAUAAUACUGUAGAAUUACCUGUAUAACUGUAGAAUACCUGUAUAACUCGGAACCAAAACCCAAAUGGUAUGGGUUUUAAAAGCGAAACGGAAAUUACGUUCAAUCGAUCUAUUUAAACACUUAUUUAUGGGCGCUGACUUAACAAUAAUACAACGCGCACAUUACAAUGAUAUUAAAUGUCAAUUAUAAGAUAAAAAACGAUCGGGUGACGACGGUUAGUUUAUUAAGUUCAUCGAUGCUGCUUCCACCUACUGAAAAAAAUUUAGAAAAGUAGCUGUUGAUAUAGCUACACCAUAUCAUAAUAUUGUAAAUAUAUCUCAUAGUAUUUGUUAGAGAAUUAUCAAAAUGUUAGAAGCCUCAUUAACAAGCUAAAAUAUUUAAUGUGUAAUGUUCCUUGUAAUAUUUACGAUUUUUUAAUUUUAACGAAAACCCGGUUAACUGCCAAUGUUUUAGAUUCCGAAUUAGGUUUUUAUAAAUGCAAUAUAUUUAGAUGUGAUAUAAGUGGCUUGACAAAUAUUCGUAGUCGUAGUGGUGGAACAUUUAUUGUUGUGCAUAAUAGUUAUGUAUGUGAACUUAUCACAAUUCCUCAUAAUUCGGUAGAACAGGUUUUCGUAUCGUUAAAAGUUAAUUACAUAAUAAAACUUAUUUCGGGAGCUUGUUAUAUUCCGGAGGUCAGUCCCUUGUCUGUGUAUAAAACCCACGUAGACACGGUUUAUUGGUUAUUUGAGUGUUUCGGCGAUAAUCUAGACAUAAUUAUUUGUGGUGACUAUAAUUUUCGUAGAACUACAUUUUCUCAUGGCAAUACCGGUUUAGUAGUCAGCGGCAAUAUGUCCGCGGUAGUUAGUAUCGUUUUUGAUUUUUUUUCAGUUAAUAAUUUAUCUCAAUACAACUCGUUACGUUAUCCUUAUGGUAACACUCUUGAUCUAGUUUUCGCUGAUUACAAUCUAUUGUCGGUGGAUUUUGCACUAGUCCACUAAUUCCGGUUGAUAGACCACAUCCUCUGUUAUAAAUUGUAUAAAAGUAUAAAUUGUGAGUUAUUGGAAUUAAGGCUUCACCUUAACUACCUAUACUUCGUAAACAUUUUAAAAAAUUAGACUUUUUAGGCAUUUCCUUGGCUUUGAAUAAUAUUAAUAUGAUUUAUUUUCCAACUUUAAUAUCAAAGCGGCCGUGAAACAAUUUUAUUUUACAGUAAACUCUAUUUUAGACGAGUUUGUGCCUAUCUACAGCAUAUUUGAUAAUAAGUUCCCUCGAUGGUUUGACGGUAACUUACUUAGGUUGAUAAAGGAAAAAGCUAAGCGCUCAAACAUCACAAAAAAUAUCCUAACCCGUUGAGUUAACUAAAUUUCUCGGAACUUCACGUCAAAUGUAAAUAUUUUUACAAAAGUACCGUGUACAAUACCUGCGUAAUAUUUAAGAUAAACUUCUUACAAAUCCUAAGCAUUUUUGGCGCUUUGUAAAUUAGUAUCGUAAAAACAAUUUAAUCGCCUCUUCUAUGUCAAAUGAUCAUUCAACUUUUGAUAAUAGAAAAGCCAUAUCUAAUGCAUUUGCCGAUUACUUUUCCUCGGUUUGCGUACAUUCUCAAUCGUUGAAUGAUCGUCAGUCGCCAAAAUGGUUAUUUGAAAAUGUUCUAAACGUUUCAUUUUUAGAUGUAACGUUAUCUGAGGUUUUUGAAGGUUUCGCUAGUAUGGGCCAAGACUACGCUUACGGACCGGAUGGAUUGCAUCUUAUAGUUUUUUUUAAUUGUUGUUAUGCUCUUGUUCGUCCGGUUUUUACUUUAUUUAAUAUGUCCCUUGCUUUUGGUAUUUGUUCCUCAUCUGUGGAAGUCUAGUUUUGUAAUACCCAUAUUUAAGUCUUGUAAUCGUAACAUAGUAAGUAAUUAUCGUCCAAACUUUAAAUUAAGUUCGUUACCCAAACUUUUAGAAAAGUUAAUAGAGCCUAAUCUAAUAAUUUGUUUAAUAGUGUUAUUGUAAAUAAACAGUAUGAAUCGUAUAUCAACUUGCACUAAUUUGUUAGUUUUUAUUACUAAUCUGUUUAGAGCCGUGGGAAAAAAAAGACAAAUUGACACUAUUUAUACAGACCUAAGUAAAUCUAUACAAUAGAUUAUGCUCUGCUUUUAAAUAAGCUUAGUUCUCUAUGUAUUGGUGGUCCUUUUAUCGUAGUUAAAUUCCUUUUUAUCGGGUAGAACCUAACAAGUCAAAAUUUUGGACUAGAUGUAUUUUCCUCUUUUAGUGUCCUAUCCGGCGUCUCACAAGACGGACAUCUAUCACCCUUGCUUUUUUUGUUGUUUAUCAAUAAUUUAAACAGCAUGUUAAGUUUCUCUAAAAUUUCGCUUUUACCGACGACUUAAAAUUUAUUUUAAAGUGAAUUUCCUUAAGGACUGUAUGAAGUUGCAAGAUGAUUUGGCUCAUUUUUCAAAUUGGUGUGAAGCAAACCGUUUAAAGAUAAAUGUAAAUGAGAGUGCACAACUAUCCUUUACUAGACAUAAAAAUCCAUUCAUGUGUAAUUAUUCUAUUAAUGACCAAGUGCUAAAGCUAAUCUUCUUUAUUAAAGAUUUAGGUAUUAUUCUAUCAACUGAUCUCUCAUUUUCUGAUUAUACUUCUUUUAUUUAUGGCAAAGCGAUGCGCAUGAUAGGAUUUAUCAGCCGUCAAUGCUCGGAUUUCAAUAACAUUCAGUGUCUAAAAAUGCUAUUUUGUUCUCUCGUUCGUUCUAAUUUGGAGUAUAAGUCAACAAUUUGUAAUCCGUCGAUUUUAAUUAUGAUUUGGAUUCGUAAUUUCGAAAUUUACGUAUAGAUUUUGAAUAAUAUAACGAUAAGUUUUAUUAGAUAUUUAGAAAAUAUGAUAAUUAGUUGUAUAAGAUAAAUUUACUAUCAUUUUUAUGUAUGUUUAUUUUUUUAUUUUUUUUUCAUUAUUAUUAUUGUUAUUUUUUUUCUUUCUAUAUAUCAAUUCUUUUCGUAAGUUAAAUUAUAACUUAUUGUAUUUUUACAUGCACACUGUUGCCCUUAUUGGACGUAAAUAAAUAUAUUAUAUAGUAUUAUGUAUAAAUUAUAUAAUAAUAACAAUAAUAAUGUAAUACGAAUUCUAAGUUAAAAUUUUAUAAAAAAUGUAAAAAAUUUAAUGAGUAAGUAAUGAAAACGGAGAAAAUUUUAUUUCCACAAGAAUAGAUACUGUGCAUUAAUAAUUUAGAUUAUCAAAAUAGGUAUAAGCCGUAUGAGUCUUAAUGUGAUAAUUGGAAUGGUAAAUUAUCCCUUAAAAUUGAAUGUCUCGAUUUUAAAUCUCAAAAAUAAAUGCCAGCCAUAUAUUUUAAUCUACGAUGUCACUGUCCUCCAAAUGAGAAAGAGGCUGAAAAAUUCUGCAUAGUCCAAUUAGAAAUUAGAAAUGUUUCCUAAAUAUUGUUUACUCUAGUUGUAACAACAUAUAUAUAGGGUGAUCAAUAUAACGUGAAAUAUUAAUUAUCUCGGAAAGUGUUAACUUUUUUUUGGGAAUUUCAUUCACUUUUUACGAAGCUAGGUGUUUUUAUGAAAAUGUUUUUCUAUUUUUCAAAUAGAAAAAAUCUGCACGGUUUUAUAUCGGUGACUGUCGCCAGUAUAGCUGCAGCAUAUAACAAGACGAUUUCUAUACAAAUAUAAUACAAUCGAUAAUAUUAUACUAGAUAACGAAACGAAUACGGCGAUAAUAAAUUACAUACAGAUGUAUUCUCGAAAUUCUCGUUCUCGUUAGCUCGCAGCUAAUAUUAUACUCGUAUAUCGUAACCCGAUAUAUUGUAUAUAGGACCUAUAUAAUAAUUACAGGUAAAUUCUACAAAAAAAAAAAAAAAAACAACUAAAUAAACGCACCCUUGGCGUGUGCGCAAUGACUAAACCGAAUACAUUUCUCUUACAGUAGCGCUACAACGCUUAAUAUUUUAUAUACUAGGUACUCUUUAUACAGACGGUUUUGCUUCGAAAAUUAUAACGACAAAUAUAUUGCAGUUGGCAGACGCCACUGAAUCGUGUUGCGUUCCAUCUUCUCGUUUUACAUACCUCCGCGAAAAGCGGUUUUUGUAUUCUGAUUGUAUUAUAUUAAUAUAGAAAAAUAAUGAUGGUUAUCAACAAACGAGUGGUCGUGUGCAUUUGUGUAAGUCGUCUCGGUUUAUUAAAAAACCUACUACUUUUUGUUAAAAACGGAUGACCCGCCAUACAAUUCAACAUCAAUAAAUGCGCAAUAUAAUAUAUCUCGAUACUGUGUGGUUUUCGAACCUACUGGGGAAUAUUUAAAAAUGAUUUCUAUAAAACACCAUCUGUGCUAUUCAAUUUUCUAUACGCGGAAAAUUCGGUACUAUAGUUAUUUAUAACGUACAAAGAAGCUAUUUUCUGAACAAAAACACGACGUUGUCUAAACCAAUAGCGACUCCUAUAUAUUUGAUCCGUUAAAAUCUAAAAAAAAAAAUUCGUUCAGAAAAGUGUUUGCAAGUAGGCCACUAUGGUUGUAGGCGAGAACUUGGAAAGUAAGAGUAAUUUAGUUUCAACGUUGUAUGCAACGAUAAAUCAUUGCAAACGAAAAUUCAUUAAUUUUUAAUCAAUUUAAAUUUGUAUUCAAUUGUAAUUAAAAUUAAAUUAUGUUCGUGUUUUACCGAAUUUUAUCAUACAUUUGGAUUAAAUAUUCUAAUAAAAAUAAGUUACGACACUUCAAAUAGCUCAAAAUAAUAACUUAGUAUAAAUAAUAAUUCAAAAACAUAAAUGUAUUUUAAAAAUGAUUAUACUUCUAAAAAGUAAAAUAUGUUAACAUAAUUAUACAGUGAAAAUGUCAAAUAUCUACGAUUUUUUUUUUUUACUGAAUUCCGUAAAAAAUAAAAUAAGGAAAUUUAAUGUAUAUCUGUAAGCAACGAUUAACCAUUUCUAACGAUAAAUGAUUCUAAGCGGACUUCGGUUGAUAGUAUUGCUUUGUCAACAAUUUAUAAUCAUAUGUUACACUAUGGUAAAAUAAUUGCAUAAGCAGUUUAUAUUUUCUUUAAUAAUAUUUGUUUAAUAUUGUACCUAUUUUCCCAUUUGGCCGAUGUUUUUCUCUGUUUUCCCCAUUUAUUAUGAUAAAAACAGCUGGGAAAAUGACCUCUUUAAAAUACCAUCCUAAUCAGCUUUUCUUUCAGAAAAAGUACUAUAGUUGAAAAUCGAUUGUUCACGUAUAAAAAGAAAAAAAAACAUUGUAAAACCAAUACACUCCUUAUUCCGCUCGGAAUCUAAAAAACUAUGGAAUUAAGGCAAUUUAUACAAAUAUUUAUUUUUUUUUGUCUAACGCGUAAGCUGCACCAUAGUAAUUUAGACCAAUUUUCCGGCAAUCAGUCCAACCGAUACGCGAUGUACCAAAAGCAAUAUGAUUUCGGCGAACAUUUGAAUUUAACGUGAAUCGAACAUGAGAUCGGUCAGGCAACAUUUUCGAAUUUUAGUCCAUGUAUUAUGGACGUAGCGACAAGCGUAUACAAAUAUAAAACUACAUUAAUGACACGAUCGCAUUAUCGAUGUCCACUUAACGAUUUCCGUAUACAACAAUACCUAUGAGUUUGUAACAGGAGAUGCACUCGGUCGGCACCGUAAGCCCAGUAUAAAAGCCAUUGAGCGAAUUUUGUAAAAAAAAAAUCGGAUUAGAACAAUAAUUAUUAUUUCUUAAAAGAGCUUUUGUAAUUUUAACGUUAAAUAUUUUAUGCAGUGCUUGAGUAAAUAUUUGUUUUAAAUUAUGUAAGAGUUUAAAACUUGAGUUCUGAUUAAACUUUUCAUCUAACCUUACGCCACGCUAUUGUAGAUACAUAUAUAAAACGAUUACAUUUCUGUUUUACACCAAACCUUCAGACACGUUUUAACUAACAUAAUCAAAAAAUAAUAAUAACGAAUAAGAGGAACAAGGAUUUUGUUCGUUAAUAUUGUUUUUAAGUUAUUUCGUUUAAUCACUCGUAAAAAAAAAAAAAACCACAAAUAUAAAUCAUAAAUCAGCUUGUUAAAUAACGUUUACCGAAUCGACAUUAUUCGCCAUUGUAUUUUAAUUUCACUCGAUUCGUAUAGGUAACGAUUGUAAAUAUCUAUGGCCCGAUGCACAGUUAGGGGCGAUCCAUCGUAUAUAUGCAUCGCAUCGAUGGCCAGGGGUUUGAUUAGGCAAGUUACGAGGGCUGGUGUCACGGAUCAGGGUAAUGGUGAUGGAUGUGGAAAAGCGGAAGACUAAAAAGAGAAUAACCGACCCCGGAUCGCAGCCGGGGAUAAAAGCGAAUAGCGAGGAGAAGACAAUAGCGUCACUGCAUAGCCACCGUCGGUUCCGAAUAUACGGUGUCGAGAUACACGAGUGUUUUAUCGUGUUUUGCGAGAAAACGAGUCGGGGUGAAAAAAAUCCCUAUACUUCUAAUAUAUUAUAUUACGACGAUAUAUUAUUAUAGAAAUAGUAUAUAUUUGCCGCCCGAGGCCGAUAAUGGUAGGUACCGAAUCCGGCAUUUGCUUACGUCGUUGUCGAUGAAUAAUGCACGUGACGGUAUACACCAAAUCCUAAUGGACGACGACGGCGGUAUUAUUUUCUCUAGUCUAUUUUAUUCAUAUUACCGCUACAAGUCACGACGCACGCAAACACACACGUGUCAAUACGCGCAGAAACACUCACACUCACACAUACCGGUGACCCUCUGCCGAAUCAAUGGCAUUAUUUUGUUAGAUUCGGCAUUUACGCCUGCAGAACAAGAGGUCCCGCGGAACACGGGACCCGGCCGCCAGAUCCUGCAGUUUUGCCUCAUAAAUAUACCGAAUUUCGCCCGUAAAUUUUAAUCCGGCUAUUGUUGUACACACAAACCGCUAUUAUUAUUCUUCGUGCCGCGUCCGGUUUGCAAUGUUGUUCGCAAUACAGUUAGUAGGUAUUAGGUGCGUGUAUCUUCUUAUAAAAUUAUACGCGCAGUUACGCGCGCGGUAUCGUUUUCCAUGAAUCACGUCACCAGGUUGAUAAACAUUUAUGUAGUCGAAUAAUGUUCGCCAUCGCGAUACAUAAACCCGUACAUUUGUAUAAUAUACAAAAUCAAGAAGUAAAUUAGAUUUGUUUUUAAACCCUCUGAACAACAGUUAUAUUUAUUUAUUUAUUGAAUUAACGCCAAGCGCCAAUUGUGUAGGUAAAUACAAAUACAAAAAAGGCGCUCCAGGAUAAUGGGGUCGGGUGCAGCCACUGUUAUUGGUAAUUUAAUGUAUAUCUGUAAUUAACGAAAAACCACUGUUAAUGAAAAAACGAUUCUGAGCACGGUUCAGUUGAUAGUGAUGUUUUGUCAACAAUAUAUAUGUCAUAUUAUAGUAAAUAGGCAUUAUAUUUUUUCUUUAAUAAUAUUUGUUUAAUAUUGUACCGAUUUUCCCAUUUUCCUUGCGUUUUUCACAUUUGCUGGGAAAACUCCUUGGAAAAUCAAAAUAUGACUUCUUAAUGAACCGAUGAGAGAAAAUUAUCUGCCAGAAAAGGUGUUAUUGUAUAUACUUCGAAGUAACUUUUCUGAUAGAAAAGUUGUUCUCAGACAGAAAAAAAAACCCACACAUGUCAUAGCAAAACUAAUGGAUCCUUCCGAAUCUAUAUAAAAUAAACAAACAUCAUUGUAAAACCUGUUACGUAUGGUGCAUAUUCUUAUCUACACAUGUAUUUUACACUUGUGCCAAUCCAUGCAGAUAUGAAUAUUGUAAAUCAAUAUUCAUAUAAUAACGUUUUGUAUAAUAUAUAUAAUAUUAUGGAGUUAUGAUAGUGUCUAUAAACGCGGUCGUAAGCAUUAUUUUAUAGGGUUGCACGCAUGAACAAUCGCGUGAUGCUUAAUUGACCCGGGUGAUAAACCUAAUUCUAGACGAAUCCGGUAAAUUACAAAGUCACUAAUAGUUAGUCGAUCAUGACGAUUAAGCCACAUAAAAGGGAGUCUGAAAUGGACUCUCAGUAGACGUGUCGGACUUAGUUUUAAGCAAACACUUUCACGCUGGAUGUAAACACCACGCGUUUUAUUAUAGAACUUCAAUAUAAUUAAUAGUUAUAUUUAAUUUGACUAAAGUAAAUUGCAAUAAAAUCAUUUAUUCAUAAACUACAUUUAAGUUUCUAUUUAUUAAAUUAUUUGUUUCGCAUUACUAAAAUUGGCACGCAAAAAACCAACACAUUCCUCACUCUGCUCAGAAUCUAAAACAGAAAGCAAAGUCACUUAAAAUCUUCUUAGAAAAUUGCUGGUUUAUUAUAAAAGAAUCCCUUUGUACAUUUGUACAGUCGUUUGAUUUGAAAUAAUAUUGUAAUAUCUGUUACUUACAACGUAUGCUAUGUUCUUUUUAAAUUUUUAACGAGUGGUUUACGAUUUAGGGUACCUACCUUAUGUCAAGUGUGUGCAUGAAAAUAUAAAAGCAAAAGCGUUUUUACCUUCUCGUAUUUUACUUAUUUUAUACAAUUUAAUGAUCAAUAACUCAAAAUAAACGAUUCAUUAAACAGUGAAUGAUGUUAUACUUUCAAAGUGUAUUCAAACGCACAAUAAAUAUUAUAUUGUACAACACGGUAAAUUUUUGCUCAAUAUAUUUUUACCAGUAUUAUAGAUAGAAAAAUUCGUGUACUCAUUCAGUACUGGUUCGCUGUUCUAAAUUGCUCCCUUGAUGUUCCAGAAAUUUUAUCUGAUAUAAAACUACGUGUCCCCUCUCAUAGUACUAGAAACCAUGUUCUUUUCUAUAUUCCUCCUCACUCUACCAUUUAUGGUUUUAACCAUCCUUUACACCGAAUGCUGAUUUUCCAUAAUAAUGCUCCCUCUGAUUUUCUGCCCUAAUCUAUUAAUGUAUAAUUUAUGAUACUUGUUUAGAUUUGAUACACUUCGCUGUUGCAUUCACUUCACUUAAUUUUAAUUUAUACUAGUUGUUACACAUAAAUAUAGUUUUAGAUUCUGAAUGUAGCGAAUAAUGUAUGGGUUUUACUAAGAUGUUUCUUUUUUUAUAUUAUGUACGAAAAUUCGACCAGAAAUCUUGUUCAUACAUUUAUAAUAGGAAACAGUGCGUCACUAUUUCUGAAAGGGAAUGUUGUCCAGGUGGUACUUUUGAGAGUUCAUUAAUUAAUUUUCCAUGUGGUUUUCAUAAUGUCUGGGAAAAACCAGGAUAAAACGUAAGAAAAACGAAAGUUCAUGAAAAUAAUGCUUUUAUUAUUUUUAAAUUUUGUUAUUUGUUGUAAUUCAGUAAAAAAUAUUCGUAGGGACUUAAAAUUUGAACAGAAAACUUAUAUUUGCUUUUUCUAGAUGUAGUAAAAUUUUCAAAAAAUUUAAGACAUUUUUGAGCUAUUCAUAGACAUUUAAAUUUUGAGAGUUUUGUAUGUAAUUUUUAUUCGGUAGGUACUCUGUAAUAAAAUAGACUUAAUAGAAAUGCCCGAAAAUUUAACCAGAUAUUUUUUAAAACUCUUAAUUUGUAGUCAAAUAAAGAAAAAUUGAGUUUUAUGUAGGAUUAUUUUUAUAGAGGAAUUUUAAUAUCAAAUUUUGACAAAAAUGUUUAGUAAAACAUUAUGUGGAAUAAAUCUAAUUUUUCAAUUUUUUUUUUUUUUUUGAACAUAUGUAUAUUGUCGAUUUAAAGUUUCGAAAUUAUAGCUUUUUAAAGUUCUGAUAUUAUGCGGAUAUUAUGUUAUGUAAAAUAACGAAAUAUUAUCUCUUUUAAAGUAUAUUUGUCGUGAUAAUAUAUAUAUGUCGUAAUGUUUAUACCUAUCUAUUUCAACCCUAGAGUUCACUAGUUCGAACCCGUGCUUCAAAAAAAAUAAAAAUUUUUUUCAUUUUUCCCAUUUUACCUAAACAGGAAAAACAAAUGCAUUUUGGGUAUACCUAGAGACCCAAGCCAUUGCUCAAUCGGACUAUUUUAAUUGCAAAUUACCCCUCGAUUUGUUGUGCAAACUUUUCUAACAAUCUUGUUCCGAUGUAUUAAGUGUAGCUUAUUUUCUUAUAGUAAAUUUAAUCUUCAUGGUAACUUGGGGAGGUCAUUUGCAUCUAACCUAACCUAACCUAACCCUAUAUAAUAAUGCUUACGACCGCGUUUAUAGACACUAUCAUAACUCCAUAAUAUUAUAUAUAUUAUACAAAACAUUAUUAUAAUAAUAUUGAUUUACAAUAUUCAUAUCUGUAUGGAUUGAUACAAGUGUAAAAUACAUGUGUAGAUAACAGGUUUUACAAUGAUGUUUGUUUAUUUUAUAUAGAUUCGGAAGGAUCUAUUAGUUUUGAUAUGACGUGUGUGGUUUUUUUUUUGUCUGAGAACAACUUUUCUAAUAGAAAAGUUGCUCCAAAGUAUAUACUAUAACACCUUUUCUGGUAGAUAAUUUUCUCUCAUCGAUUCAUUAAUAGGUCAUUUUUUGAUUUUCCAAGGGGUUUUUGAAAUAAUCGAGAAAAACCUAAUGAAAAUUAUAGGUAAAAUGGAAAAUAUUUACGGCUCGUCAUAACGUGACGUUACUGUUUUCAUUGUUUUUAUUAUGUUAACACGAUUUUUCUAUCAGAAAUAUUGCUCCAAUCCAAAAAUGACAGUAUGUCAAUUUUGUUUUUUUUAUAAAAUUGUGCCGCUGGCAGAAAAAGUCGUUUUUUGAUAUUCAAAGUCGUUUUCCUAAUAUUUGGGAAAAACGAAAAAAGUUAAAUUGAUAAAUAAUUACGGCAACGCAGCAUUCUGGUUUAAUUAUUUAAUGACAAGCGAUCGAAUUUGUUUCUUUUAACACAUAGCCACUGGAAAAGAAGAACAUAAAGAAAGUUGAUUUUUGAUAUCUAAAGUAUUUUUUAUAAUAAUUGAGAAAAAUCAAAAAAAGACGAAAUAUACAACGUUUUCCAAAUUUACGGGGUUACGAUUUCAUUAUUUCAAAUUUAUACGGUUUAUGUUCUCUAACAUAUUUAAUAUAAUAUGUAUGGAUUUUUUUUAUUUUAAAUCUUAAUUCCGGAGCUCAGAAUUUAAAAAUAAAAUAAAAUAUUCAAUUUUUUUUCAACUCACGUUAUAUAACCUAAAUAUAGGAACGUUUCUGACGGAUCAAUCACGCGUUAGUACCUUUACGCAUCGGUUCUUAAUAUUAUCAAGAUGAGAAAUACAAAGCCCGUAUACCUUACGAACAUGUUUUCUUUUUUCUUUUUUUUUCGAAGAUAUUUUUAAGCUUUGAGGGCGUUUCUUUUUACAUCAAGCUGGUAUAUGCACUACAUACAGUGAAACUUUUGUGUGACAGAAUGGCCUUCGUCCGAAGUUUCACGCUAUUAUAAUAAUAUACCUAGAUGAUGUAUUAGAAACGCCGACUCACUUUAGACAGGUCUCGACGAUAAAUGAAUCGUUAUUUCGAUGCGAUUUAUACAGUUUCAAUGGUUUCUUCGUAAACUAUAGUGAUUCGCGUAUUAUAAUAAUAUAGAAAAGCACUACACAUUGAUUUUCGUAUUACAUAACGAUUAGAUAAAUAACUGCAAUAUUAAGUGCUCAGAGUUCCUGUACGGUUCAAUAGUUUAAGUCGAUAAUAAUAUUGAUGGAUACGGUAAGUUUUAAACAAAUAUAUAAGUAGGUUGAUAAUAUAAUUCACUUGUUUGACACAUUAGGAAUAUAGCAUUGAUACAAUAGAUAGAACUGUAAUAGAAAAUAGCGCGAUAAUAAUCAGAUGUCAUUCGAAAACGCUAUUGUCACCUAAGUUAGUUUGAUUGUAUAACGCUAUAAGUAUUAGUAUUGGCGACUUUUCGAAGGUUGAAACCUAACUCAUAAGUUAUUUUAUUCCACUCUUUAUUUUCUAAUUUGACAUUUUACAAAAAUCUGUAACACAUAACUAUACUCGGGGAAGUUGUCCACCCACGCCUAUCCGGGAAUUUUAAAAAAAAUAUAAAACUAUUGAGAGUACUUAAAAAACAAAAAAGUCACUCUUGAAUAAUAAAGCUCCGUCACUAAAAUAGAAUUUCCCCCAGCUGAAAUGUAGUCGUUAAAAUAUUUCAUUUUAGAUUUUAGAUUCUAAGCGGAAUGAGGAAUGUAUUGUUUUUACAAAGAUGUUUAUUUUAGAUUCCGAGUGAGCAAAUAUAUUUCGGAAAACCGGAAAAAAAACGGGAAAAUAUAUAAAAUGUAGGUAUUAGUUAAAAAAUAUUACGGCUUUUUUUUGCUUGUGAAAAACUUUUCUACUUAAAAUUUGACUAUGAUUACAAUAAUAAUACAUUUUCUAAAAGGAAAAAGGGAGAUAAUUUUUUGAUUUCGAGUUGAUUUGGGUUUACAUCGUGAAACGUGAUCCUCCCUGUAUAUUUCUCUGAGUAUAUUUUCAUUGCGUUACGUUACAAUAUUAAACUGUGUACAAAAAUUCGACCAAAGAUCUUGCUCAGAUAUAUACGCACGGCACCAUUUCUAAAAGGGAAUGUUGUCCAGAUGAUACUUUUGGGCCUACAUUUUUUGAUUUUCCAAACAGUUUUCAUAAUAUCUGGGAAAAACCUAAAUAAACGUAAGAAAAACGGGAAAUUAAAGAAAAUAAUGCUUUUAUUUUUUUUUUCAGUUUUAUUAUUUAUUGUAAUUCAGUUAAAAAUAUUCAUAGAAACUUGAAAUUUGGACAUAAAACUUAUAUUUGCCUUUUCUAGAUGUGGCCAAACUUUGAAAACAUUUGAGCCAUUUUUAAGCUUUUUAUACAAUUUUUAAUUUUGCAAGUUAUGUACAUAAUUUUUAUUCGAUAGUUAUACUGUAAAAAAAUUAUUAGACUUGAACAGAAAUGCUAGAAAAUUUAAUGGGAAGUUCAUUAUGAGUUUUACUUUAUGGUCAAAAAAAAUUUAAUUUAAUGCAGUAUUUUUUUUUAUAAGGGAAUUUUAAUAUAAAAUUUUGACAAAAAUCGUUGAGUAAAACAUUCUAAUUAAUUUUUUUUUUGAACACAUGUAUAUUGUCGAUUUAAAAACAAUGAAAAAAUUAGAAUUAAGCGGACUGACUUAGUUUCAAGAUUAUAACUUUCUGAAUCUCUGAUAUUAUGCGGAUAUUAUAUACUUUGUUAAAUAACUCUAUAUUGUAUAUUUUCAAGCAUAUUUGUCGUGAUUUAAUGGUUAUUUAUGCCUAUUUUCAUCCUAAGGCUUUCGAGUUCAAACCAGUGUUUCGACCAAAAAUGCAAAAUAUUUUUUUCCCUUUUAUCUAAACAAGAAAAAAUAAAUAAAUUUUGGGUGUACUUAGAGAUCCAAGCCAUCAAUCACUUGAACUAUUUUAAUCGUAAAAUACCCCUAGAUUUGUUGUGCAAUAUUUUGUACCUGCAAUUUCUUUUCAAUUUAAAAUGAUAGCACUUUUUCUUAAAGGAAAUCUGACUGGAAAGGUAUUCCUUAGGGAGGUCAUUUUUCGAUUUUCCCAAGAGUUUUCCUAGCAAAUGUAAAAAACCGGGAACAACGCAAGGAAAACGGGAAAAUCGGUAUAAUAUUUAAACAAACAUUGAUAAAGAAAAAAUACCUAUUCAAUUAUUUAACUAUAAUAUUACAUAUAUAUUGUUGACAAAGCAUUACUAUCAACUGAACUGCGCUCAGAAUCCUUUUUUUGUUAGCAAUGGUUUAUCGUUGCUUACAGAUAUGCAUUAAAUUACCUAUAACAGUGGCUGCACCUGUCUCUAUUAUCCUAGGACGUUUUUUUUUUGUCCUGAGUCUUUAAAUUUUACACAAUUUGUUUUUUUUUUAUAUUCAAUAUUUUCAAUUCACCAUUACUAUAUGUAUUAUACCUAUAUUAUACUCGUAUACCGAAUACCGAUCACCCGAUUAUUUAUAUAUUUUAAAAGUUAACGUUAUAACCAGAGUACCUAUAUAUAACUAAACAAGUAUCAAAAGUACCAGCGUACAAUUACAAUAUAUUUUAACUAUUAAGGAAAUGUCGACGGGUUACGAAUUGUAUUGUUAUAUAAUUUUCAUCAUGCGCAUUUUAUCAGGAUAGAUCAUAGAUAUAUCGCAUGUAGCAUUCAUACUACAAUGUAACAGACGUCUUUUGAGUUAAAAGAAUUACAGUGGUGUAUUUGGGGAGUAUACGGGGUUAUACGGCGUAUAUCCAAUACGCUAUUUUUAUCUAUGGAGUAUAGCUUAUGACAAAUUGAUGGUGUGCGGGUACACAGCCAUAUCUGCCAUGUAUCCUAUAUGGCAAUUAUAAAUACCAAUUAUAUAUUUAUAUAAAUUAUUGUAAAAUAAAUUUUGAUGAGCACGAAUUAUAAUACAAGGACAUAACACGUAACACGAAAAUUAAUUUUUUUUUUUUACGAAAAAAUAUUAUAAUUUAGAAAUUAAGGUUUUGUUAUCAGUCUUAUAUCAAGCAUUUAUAAUCAAAUAAUCCAUAAAGUAAUUUGUUGUUGGGAGAACUUCGGUUGACCUUCUGUCAUUUAUCAUAAUAUUUAAUAUAAUUUUGUAUUAUUAUUGUGAUAACGCAUUGAGUGUUAAAUGAUGAUAAUAUUAUACUUAAUAUUUUAAUAAUAUAUUUCGUACAUUUUCCUGUUUUUCUUCGAUUUUUUUCGGUUUUUCUCAUUUGAUGAGAAAAUUGAAAAAUGAUCUCCAUAGAAUACCUCCCCAGUCCGAUUUUCUUUCAGAAAAUAUGCUACCAUUGUAAAUCGGAACAAGAUUUUUGGUAAAAAAGUUGUGCAUAGAUAAAAAAAAAUAAAUCAAUACAUAUGUUUGUAAAACCAUAAGCUUCUUUGCUCCACUUAGAAAUUAAAAGAACCAUUGUCCGAGCGAGGCGAAAAAACAUUUUUUGAACCCUACCUUUAUAUAUCCAUAUAUAUAUAUAUCUAUCUAUAUACGUGAAUAAGGUAUACCUUAACCUUAAUAAACCGUAUACGUACGGUUUAUUUUAGCAAUACACCACUGCGUGUAAUAUUAUUUGUACAUAAGAUAAUAGUAUAUUACGUCCGAUUCAUGUAGUUUUAAAAACACCGAAUUUUAUAACGAUAAAUACGUAUGAUUUCUCUGAGAUGACAGGGGAAAACGCUUUACCAUUUCAAUAUCAGCGUUGCCAGAUUUGAUAAAAUUUCCCUAUUCUGGAUAAAUUCUUUCAGUAUGAAUUCUAAGAAAAUAUCGAGUUGUUUAUUAUAUUUUGAUGUUAUAGACAUUCUUAAAUUAUGUGUUGAAUGGUUAUAUUAGUGUUACGAUUAUCGCUGUAUCUGAGUUGAAUUUUUUCGGUGAUAAGGUUAAAUAUAAGAUAUAUGAUUAUAUUAUAAUGGCUUUUCAUUUCGUCUUUUGAAGUGUUGGAGAAUGUGCCAUUUUCUAAUCAUUAUGUUAAGGAUUUUUUUUCUCAUCUUUUUGUGAUUGUUAGGUUAUUAGAUUUUUGUAAUCCAUAUACGGUGUAAUAUCUAAUCGAAUCGAUAUAUAUUUUCUCAAGACAGCUACACAAGUAUUAUUGUUUAUAACAUGAAUACUGUAUAUGCGCGUGAAAUAAAAUAAUAUAUAGUUUGCGGGACAACAAUAUAAUAAUAAUAUACUGUUUUGCACAUACACCGGGUUCAACGUGUCUGGUGUUACAUUGCGUUAAAUAAAGAAUUUCGUGCGCAACGUCUUGAAUAUGAAAAAUGCUAUACGAAACAAAAAGAUUAUAGAGAAUGGGUGGAAUGUACCGCUCCAAAAAAAAAAAAUACUCCUGAAAACCGCGUAUACGUUUAAAUUUUAAAUAACAUUAUUCUUUAAUAUGAUAUGAAUAUAAUAUGGUACGACGAAAGGCAUAAGAGACUAUAGUUAUUCGUAUCGUGUCUGUUGCAGUUGUAUCAAUAGUUCAAUAGCUACCUAUUCAAACGAUUUCAAUAUUCUUUUAAAUCUGCUUAGGUGCGAUAUAUGAAAAAGAAACAAAAAAAACUAAAAUAAUAUAUAUUUAAACGCCUUUAACUUAAGUAUCUACUAUGGUACAAUAUGUAUUCAAGGGAGAAAUAAUAAAUAAGAUAUUUUUGGUAUUAUAAUAUAGUGACUAUAUUACAGAUCGAGUAAAAUAUAUAUAUCACCGUUUAAACUAUAAUCUUGAAAAAGGUAGAGGGCAAAAUCCCUCGAGGUUUAAAAAAAAAAAUGUUUAGGUCAGUAUUAAAAAAGUUGUAUAUUGAAUUCUCGGAAUCAGAAUACGUGCAAAAUCGAAUAUAUAUUUACAUGUUACAUGGUCAGUUUAUACAUAUUUCGAAGUUUCUUUAUCGCAAUAAUAAUAAAAAAAAAAAAAACCAUCAAAACCGGUAAAAUCAAAUGGUUUUAGCAUUUAAAAAUUAGAACCAAGUUAAGUUGACACGAAAGAAACCACCACAGUCUCACAUCACCACAAUGUGAAUUCUUUUUAACUUCAAGUUUAUUGGAGUGAAUUCGUAAGCGUUAUAAUUUACUAAAAAGUAAAUAAUAAUAAAUCUUUGUAAAAAUAUUUUUUCGAGUAAACCUACUUAUAUAUGAUCAUAAUAACAAAGUACUAGGUGAUUCAUUUAAGUGGAUACACUCAUUAUUUCGGAAAGUAUUAACUUUUUCCGGAAUUUGUUUUCUAGAAAAUUUAAGAAACAAGCUGCUCCAUAAUUUUAUAUUUGUGUUAUUUUUUGUCACCCUUAUUUUCGGGGGUAAAACCACUACCUACUUUUGAUUUUAAAAUGGCAACCUAUAUUAUAAAUUCCAUAAAUAGAUGUAGUAUUAGUUAAAAUACAUUUUUUGUUGACAUUUUUGAUUUCCAUUGAUCCGUUGAUGAGAAAUUUCAAUUUUAAGUUUAGGUUGUAGGAGAGUAGUGGAGUAUCAUUAGUAUGGUUGUACGGCGCGCGGCAUGUUAAUAAUACAUCACUACUGUCCUCCAACCUAAAAUUAAAUAUAGUAUAUCUCGUUAACGGCUUGACAAAAAUUAAAAAUUUCAAUACCAAAAUUUAUUUUAACUCAAUCUAUUUAUGGACUUUUAAAAAUAGGUUUCUAUUUGAAAAUCAAAAUUAGAUAGUGGUUUCACUCUCAUAAUUAAGGGUAAACAGAAUAAGGAUAGUGUAAUAUUUUAGAAUAUGUUAUGAUACUGAAAAACUUUUCCAUGAGUCAUUAUUUGAACAAAUAAAUAUUUCAUGGAAAAUUUGACUGUUGCAUACAAUCCUCAAAAUCCUGUCUAGUAAAUAACAACAAUAAUUAUAUACAUUAUUAAGCACGAGGCAGAUGCUUUCGGUAAAUAUGAAAUAAUGAAAAAAAAAAUGUCCUAGGGUUAAUGUAGAUGGGUGCAGCUUCUCUUAUAAAUAAUUUAAUUUAUAUUUGUAAGCAACGAUAAACCAUUGCUAACGAAAAAACGAUUUCAAACGCAGUUCAGUUGAUGUGAUACUUUGUUAACAAUAUAUGUGUCAUAUUUUGGUAAAAUAAUUAAAUAGACAUUAUAUAUUUUCUUUAAUAAUAUUUGUUUUAUAUUAUAUCGAUUUUCCCAUGUUUUUUCCCGGGUUAUCACAUUUGUUUAGAAAACUCUUAAAAAAAUCGAAAAAUGUCCUCCCUAAAGUACCUUCCCAGUUAGAUUUACUUUAAGAAAAAGUGCUAUUAUUGUAAAUCUGAGCAAAAUUGCUAGUAGAAAAAUUGUACACGGAAAAAGAAGGCCAUAAUAUGUUUUUACUAAUAUUUACAUUUCGUACAUUUUCCGUUUUUCCGACAUUUUAUUCCGGUUUUUUUCAGUUAUUAUAAAAACCGAUUAAAAAAUCAUAAAAAAGACCACCCUAAACUACGGAUAUAAAAUUUUCUUUCAGAAAAUAAGCUACACCUGGGAGCAAGGUUUCUGGUAGAAAAGUUUGCACAACAAAUCGAGGGGUAUUUUUCGAUUAUAAUCGUCCAAGCGAGCGAUAGCUAGGUCUCUAGGUAAACUUAAAAUGCAUUUGUUUUUUCCCUAUUUAAGUAAAAGGGGAAAUAAAAUGCAAAAAUUUCCUUCCAAACCCCGAGUUCGAGAAGCCGCGACCCUUAGUAUGAUAAUACGUAUUAAUGACCAUUCUACUACAAUAAACGUAUAGUAAAGAAGUCAAUACAGAAUUAUUGUACAUAGACAUGUAAUAUCUGUAUAAUAUCUGAACUUCAAAAAGAUAUAAUUUCGAAAUUUAGUCAGUCCGUUUAGUUCUGACUUUACCAUUCUUUCUCAAUCGGAAAUACACAUAUAUUCGACAAAAAAUUGAAAAAUUAAAUUUAUUCCACAUAAUUUUUUACUCAAACAAUUUUCGUCAAAAUGUAGUAUCAAAAUUCCUUCAUAAAAACAAAUACUACAUUUAACUCAAUUUUUUUUUUUUUACCACAAAGUAAGAUUUAAUAAACCUAUUGUGAAAUUUUCAAUCAUUACGGUUAAGUCGAACAUUAUUUCUACAGACUACCUACCGAAUAAAAAUUACGUACAAAACUCGUAAAAUUAAAAUGUCUAUAUAUAGCUCGAAAAUGGCUUAAAUUUGUUGAACAUUUUACCACGUUUAGAAAAUGUUUUGUUAAAAUUUCAAGUUUUUACGAAUAUUUCUAACUUACAACAAAUAACAAAAUUGAAAAAAAAAUAAAAGCAUUACUUUCUUAAAUUUCCCGUUUUAUUCUGGUUUUUUCCAGGAAUUAUGAAAAUCGCUUAGAAAAUCAAAAAAGAGUACCAUCUAGACAACAUUCCCUUUCAAAAAUAGUACCGCGCGUAUAUGUUUGAGCAAGAUUUAUGAUCGAAUUUUUGUACCCAGAGUAAAAAAAAAAAUGAACAUUUUAGUAAGACCAAUACAUUUUUCGCCACUCUCAGAAUUUAUAAAGACAGACAUAAUCCACACGUUGGUGGGUCGCUGUUGUAGGUGAGAAUUUUGGAAGGUAGUAGAAAGGAAACUAAAUAUAGCUGUACGCAACGAUUAUCCAUUGUUAACGAAGAAAUGAUUCUGAGCGAAAUUCGGUUGAUAGUGUUGCUUUAUCACAAUAUAUGUGUCAUAUUAUGGUUAUUAUUAUAUUCUUGUCAAACAACCACAUUUUUAUACAAAUAUAGGUAUUUUAUAUAAACACAAGUUUUCAUAUAAAUAUAAACAUAAACAUGAGUCAUAAUGAAGUCAAAAUUAGUUAAAAAUAAAAUAAAAUAUAUAUAAAUCACAAAUACGUUGGCUAUUCUAAUACUAGGUAUGUAAAUAAGGUGAUAUUUGGUUGUGUUGGUUGCUAACUAUUAAAUUUCAUUUUCCCAAUGUUUCACCACUCUAAUUUCAUCUUUUGUCACUUUUGGGAGAUCCGCAGUGGUGAAUGUUGUAGGACAGUUUGGGCAAAUUAAUAGGUGGCUUAUAUCAAUAGGAUCAUGGUAUGUUCAUCUCCACAGUCACAUUUUGUGUCUCCUUGUAUUUCGCCCUACUUCUUUGAAUUUACUUUUGAUCUACCUACUCCCGUUCUUAAUCUAUUAAGUGUUCUCCAGGCUGGCCAAUUGAGGUUAUAUCCUGCAAAAAGGUGUUCUACUGGUAUAAUCUGAUCUUCUUCAAUAUGACCUACUGUUAGUUUCUAGCAAUCCAUCGAGUUUGGAUUUUUCUAUGUAUGUAUUAAUUGUACGUCGGAUGUUUGGAGGUGUGAUAACUGCGAUUGGGAAGACUUUGUGGGAAGGUGUACUCUUCAGUGAUCAAAUGGCAGGAUUCAUUCAGUGGCACGUCACUGAAUGGACCAACUUUUUCAUGUGGUUGGAUCUAUACCAUAUAGGGCUUGCAUACUCUCCUAUGGAGAAGUAUGUAAGUACGGAGGACAUCGGUAUUUGCUCCUUAAUUUGAUCCUACAAGUUUUCUAAGUAAGUUUUUCAUGCGCUGAUUUCACAUUUUCGCAGUGCUUUUUAUAUGUAAGGGAUCUAUGGUAAUAUUAUGGUAAAAUAAUUAUAUAUGCAUUAUAUAUUUUCUUUAAUAAUAUUUGUUUAAUAUUUUACCUAUUUUCUCGUUUUUCCUAGGUUUUUUUCCGGUUUACUAAUGGUUUUUCUCCGGUUUUUCCUGUUUAUUGGGAAAACUCAUGAGAAAAUCAAAAAAAUGAUCACUUUAAAGUACCUCUCCGGUUAGAUUUCCUUUCAGAAAAAGUGGUAUCAUUGUAAAAUUGCUAGUAGAAAAGUCGACCACAGAAAAAAAUAAAUAAUAAACACCAUUGUAAAACCAAUAAAUUCCUCUAAAAAAUUAGUACCACAAUUAUUACUAACUGAGUGUUUACCACUAAUUUAUGUAAAAUAUAGACGUGAAAAGCGCCUCACAUUACCAUAUUAAAUGUAUGGUAAUGUAGGGUAAAGUUGACAACUUCAUGUUUGACUAAUCAUAAUAUACAUAAUAACUACUUUAAACCUAAUUUAACUUAACACCAAUUAAUAACAAAUGUAAUGUGGUUUCAUAGGUCAAGAUUAUAAUAGGUUUUUUUUUCAUGACUGAGGCAAAGUGAAAAUGUGUAUGAUACUUGGUAAACAGCAAAACCACUUUAGUUAUCGUUAUGCCUACUGAAACAAUUAUAGUUUUAAAAAACAUAUAAUAUUCAAUUUUUUGAAAUAUAGGUAUAUUAUCUGUAUUAGUUUUACUUGAUAUAUGUGUUUUAGAUUCGAAUUCUUGCGAGGAACGCAUACAUUUUACAAUGAUGUUUAUUUUUUUGGUGAAAUGUUCAAAGCAUUUGUGCCAUUUUUGAGCUACUUACGGAUAUUUUAAUUUUGCUAGUUCUUACAUAAUUUUUUAUUGGUAGGUAAUCUGUGGAUACAUUUGUUAGACUAAACAGAAAUCCUAGAAAAUAUGACAGAAUAUUCAUUAUAAUUAGCCGUGCUUAGUGCUCAACAAAAAAAAUGUGUAUAAUGUAGUAUAAAAUACUAUUAUUAUGUAAAAUAUAUUUAUUUUUUUAUGAGUUUCAAAAUCAAAUUUUGACGAAAAACGUAAAUAUUACGGUCUUUCAAAACACGUAUACUCGAAAUUCGCACUGAAUAGUUUUUCGUGAGUAACGGUUUAUUAUUGUUUACAGGUGUAUAAAAUAAAAUAUAAAUUUAUGUAUCUAGCCUUCCCAACUACUAACCUUCAACAGUGGCAUGCCCAUCAGCAGUAUAAGAUAUUUUUUUCUUUAGAUCCUCAUUAUAUUACCAUACACACAACUAUAAUUCCCGUCACAUAAACGCAUGCAAUAAUAAUUAAAAUAAUAAUUGUAUUACACAACAUUAUUCUAUAAUAAUAUCGUAUUGCACUGUUUCAUGUAGGUAUUAUUAUAUUAUAUAUAUAAAUAAUUUUCGGCGCGAAUCUCUCCUUUCAUUGUUCGCAUCAUACCGGCCUAUAAGAAAGUUUUAUCAAAGACGCGGUGUUAUAAUUACUUCGACAGAAGUGAAUUAUAAUACGGUGUGAACUUGGCGGCGCCUCAUAUAAACUUUUACAAUGAACAUUUUCAGCCAUUCGCCGUUCGCAGGAUAUUAACGCUAUAUUCUAUACGUCGUAUAUUCGUAUACAGCCAUACAGGGUAUCUCACGAGGGUUAAUGAUUAUUGGGAAUCUCAUGGAAAAUAUUAACUUUUUUCGUAAUUUUUUUUUUUAUAAUUUAAGAAACGAGUAGCUCUUAAAUAUGUGUUACACUACCAUUAUUAUUUUUCGCCUUAAUUUUUGAGGGUGAACCUACUUUUGAUCGAUACUUAUACGGUGCAUUCAGUUUAAAUACAUAUUGUUGUGAAACUAUUCAAAUACCGCAAACAGUGUUACCACACAAUUGAUGCUCUACUAUUCCCUUUCCACCUCAACUUAAAAGUUGAACAUCUUAUCAACGAGUUGACUGAAAUCAAAAAUGAUUUUAUAGUUUAAUUUAUUCAUGACAUUUUUAGUACAUUUGAAAAUCAAAAUUAAGUAUUCGGUUAUUACCGUUAAAAAUUUAUUUAUUAUUGCUAUUAUUAUUUAUUUAUUUAUCUAUUUAUCUAUUUAUUUAUCCUGUUUUGUUUAUUUAUUUAUUUAAUUAUGCCGAAGCCAUAUGCUUAUAUAUAUAUAUAUACCGUUAAAAAUAAGAAUGACAAAAAAUAAUGGUAUUGUUACAUUUUAAAACUACUUAUUCAUAAAUUGUAGAAAAAAAUUCUAAAAAAGUGAAUAUAUUCUAAGAUAUCGCCAGAGAAGUAAUUGUGGGGCGCAAGUGGGGCACUUCCUCCCCUAAAAAUGUUGUGUGGAACAAAGGUAUCAUUUUGCCCUCCCCCUACUCUGAUAAUCCGACAGAACAAAUAUUCGAAUCAUCAUAAGUUGAGAAAGAAUAUAAUAUAACAUAAUAUGGACUUAUCAGAUUAAAAUAUUUUUACCUCAAAUUUUUCAUAGAAGUUAACAUUUAUUUUGGGUUUCUUUUGUUUUAUAUAUUAUUGCGACAAUCACAUUAGUUGGGUUAGGAACAAAAAUAAUCCAAUAAUAAUAUUACAUUGUAUGAAUACAAUAUUAUUAUCUUGAAAUCGUGAUUAUGACUACAGGAAUCGGUGGUUAUUUUUAGAUCAAUAACAAAUUACACUCUGAACAAUAUUGGUUCCUAGUACCUACUAUAUACAAUUUGUUUCUAUCUACAUUUUAAACCAUCAAAUGAAUUUUAAAACUUGUGUAAAACCAAACAAUUAGGUAUACUGUGUAUAACACACAAUAAAAAUAUAUUUAAACUGAGGAAACUCAGGGUUUCGAUCAUGGCAAAUAAAUUUGUUUGCCCCCCUAGAUUUUUCCGCAGUUACGCCACUGGAUGUUGCAUUGAUCAUAUCACCGUGGGACACCUGAUAUAUUUUAUUGCACGCACUCGAUUUUUACCGCAAUACGCGAACGGUUAAGUAAUAUUAUAUAGUAUCGGUUUUCCUCGAGCGACUAAAAAAAAAUAUGUAUAAAAACGAAAAUGUUAAAAAAUUAUGAUACGUGAGUACAAUUCAAAAUGUGCCGGCGUGUUGGCAGUAUAUAUAAUAUACAAUAUACACAUAUAUUAUUAUAAUAGGUAUUGUAUUUGCAUACGAUUUGCGUGUGGGGAAAAAAAGCACGUAUCAUCUCUGACAGAAAGCGUAUAAUUUUGGUCGUGUAUUAUACAGCGCGUUUCGAUUAAACACGAAAUCCAUUCAACCGGGUGGCCUUAAAUUAAGAAAUGUUGGUUAUUUAAAGUGAUCAUGGUGGUUCUAAAUAACACAUUUUGAGACUGAUUUCAAUAUUUUAACCCUCGAUACGAAUUCUUUUAGACUUUUCAAAAUAUUUAAAACGUAUAUACAUUAUUUUUACAUAUAAUUUUUUUCUAUGACACUCUUGUCGAAUUUCUUCAAUUUUUGAAAAAUCACGCGUUUUUAAUUUUUAAAAACUCAAUAAAUAAUCAUUUUUUUUUUAUUAAUAAGAUUGAAAUAGCUGUAUUCCAUCAAUUUGUGAGGUAGAAAACAAAUUGUAGGUAUUCAUCAAAGUUCAUUCGGCUGAAAUAUUUCAUGUGGCCAUUUAAGUGAAACACUUGUAGUUGCCUAUAAUAUGUGAAAAAUGGUAACGAAUGGACUCAACCGCUCAAUUAAAAUACUCAGGUGUAUUUCUACACAGGGUAUACGAGUAAAAACCGUGGAGGUAGAAAUCUGAACGCAUGGGUCUUUAAUUUUGAAUUCCGUUGAUAAAAUUGAUUGUAACACACGACGUGACGUUCAAAAUAUUAUAUAUAUAUAUAGUCGUAUUAUAUGUAGUCACAGUGUUGAUUUUUUAUUGGAGGGGUUAAACAAUUUUUAAUUAAGUUCAUCCCCCCUUUCCCCAUACAUACAAUUAUACAAGCAUAUUUUCGUCAAUAUGCAGUCAAAAUUUGUUUUUAAUAAUAAUAAUAUUUUUAUAAAAUGAUAAAUAUAAUAGAUAAUAACAAUAUUUACUUGCUCCACUUAGGAGAACUGCAUUCUCCUUGGAGAAUUUUUAGCAAAUGCUGUUAUUAUUUCUUUUUCAUUCAUAUUUUUCUAAUAAUAUUAGCCAAAGCUUAUCCAAUUAGUUGAUUUAAAUAUGGUUCUCCCCUUAACUAAGUUUUCAUCAUAUUCUUAUGUAAAUGUUCUAUCUGAAGUGGAAGAAAAUAACUAGCAACACAGAAAACAAUUGCAGAAAUAUUUUAAUAUAGUUCAUAUUCAAAUUUUAAAUUCAUCGGUUAACACAAUAAACUACAUACAACAUUAAUUAAUAAAGAUAGUGAUAUUCACGAUUUUAAUAAUAUGUGACACAAAAUCCACAAGAAAAUAUUAUGUAAAAAAUAAUGAUAAGUUUGAGAUAUGCUAAUAAAAUGUCUAAUGUCUAUUGUUAAGUGAUAAAUAUGACAAUAUAAUUGUUCAAUUAUUGUUAAUACUUAAGUCGUAAAAUAUAAGUGGUGUUGUAACGUCCUCCCGGUGCUCUGUACUUAAUGCUCUGUUUAUAUUUACGAAGUCUCGGGGACUCGAUCUCGGUGUGUGAUAAUUAUGUAACGGACCUAGGUAACUCUUGUGGUGUUACCACAAAACAAGACAAUAUUUAAAUAAUUUUAAUGAUCUUAUAUUACUAGUUUGUACAAGUACACCUUGAGAGGAUGUUUAGUCGAGGGAUAACUGAAGUCCGUGAUGGCGGCCUGUGAUAUCCAAAUGAUGGCCGCUUCUCCUUAGGAUAAUGUUCUCAACAGUACGCACUAUACUGCUCGACUCGUGACACUCACUGUCGUGUUCCUAUCGCCGGCCUCCGGGCGCUCACCUAAAACCCAUAGUCAGUAUUUCACCGUCCAUUCCUCCUCGCCUAUGACUGUAUACCUAAUACUAGCCUCGCACCACCAGUGGGAUAAUGUACGUAUCGUUACAGUGUUUUAUGAAAAUACGGUCCGUAGGGAGGCUAUAGUCCCCUUAGCCCCUCCUCGGAUAUGCCACUGGUUAUGGGUAUGUAAUUAAAAUUGAUUUUAUUUAUUUGUCGAUUGCUGUAAUGUCAUUCGUGAGUUAAAUUGAGCCGUAAUGGAAUCCGCAGUUAAUGUAAUACGAAUACAUCUUGGGAAAGUAAAUAUCCCACGAAGACGUGCAUUUAUUUACUUUUCCAUCUUGAUAAAUAUUCAGGUGUUUUUAAUUCGCUAAAAGGAUUACGGUUACUUAAAAUAGUUUAAUAAUAAGUGAAAGCAAGUCGAACAAAGGACUUAGACGAAUACGGCUUAUUAAUAGUAGGUAUAGUCGUGGUGAACCGUUUCUCUGAUUUAAUACUCAGCCGUCCCGCCCUGCCACGCCGCUGGUCCUUAAGUUUUCGAUCACAGCAAUAAUAUCGUUUUACUUUAAAGGUUUUCUUUUUAAAUUUAUAACGUUUUACCGUUUUAUAACUUUUCACUGAGAACAUUACUGUAAUUUACCGUCUCUGUCUUUACGACAAUAAAGAAUAUACUUUUUAUGUAUUUUCGAAUUUCAUACAAUAAUCUGAUUCCUAUAGACUCGAAACAGAAAUGGUUUCAUCAGAUAAAAGACCACACUUAUACAACGUUUUCACUGAAGGAUUUAUUCCUAUUUAAAAAUACAUACGCACACCGUUUCCAUUUAAAGGUAACAUUGGCUUGACGAUCGUAUUACAUUAAAAACGGGUUGAUUACAGUUAGAUUCGAUAAAUAAUAUAAGGUGAUAUAAUUUAAAAACAUUGAAGCAGAACAGAUUUAGGAAUUAACAUAUACAGACUAUAGCUACUAUAUAUUGCAGGUAGAAAACCGACAAACAGACAAAUAAUGCUGUAGAUCACACAUUUUUAUUUUUUAAACGAAAAAAUUGAGAUGAAUAAGACGAAUUUAGGAUUAGUAAUAAUAAAUAACGGUUUUCAAAUAAUAGUUUAUCGUUAAAUAAUAAUAAAUCUGUUCUUAUCCAAUUCUCCUUAACUAAUUUAAAUUCUGCCAUUGAAAUUAUUCGAAAAUCUCACAUAUAUAAAUGUUUACAUGAAAACAGUAUAAACUAUUUGUGUAUUGUAAUACAAUACAUUCAAUUAAAUAUUUAGGCAUAAUUUUUGACAUUCAUUAAAAAAUGUGCUCCACGUAUUGAUAAUGUAAUAAAACUAUAAGGAAAUGUUUUUAUGUAUUUAGAGAACUACGAAUUAUUCUAGACAUCAAUACUAAAGACAAUUAGAAUAACAUACCUAAUUAUAGACGAUAAUAAAAUGUAUACUAUCAUAUGGUCUAAUUAUGUGGGAUUCUGUUUACAAAAAUAUAUUGGGACUACUUAAUGUAGAGAAUUCUAAUCAAAAUUAUUGUACAGUUGAUUUAUUUAAAAUACUAACAAUUUUAACUCUUAAAUAAUUAAAAUGUCGAAUAUAAAAAUACAAAAGAAAAUAAAAAAAAAUUUUAAAUUACACAAAAGUAAGAAAUAUCACUAAUCAAAACUUAAUAAUCACCAAGUCUAAUACAAACAUUGAAAAAUGCAAACAAUUUUGUUCGAAAACCCGGAGUCAAACUCAGGAUCCGUAGAAUAGUAAUAGGCAUGUACAACCAUUAAAUUACGACAAAUAUUCUUUAUAAGACAAUAUAGAGUUAUUUAAUAUUAUAGCCGCAUGAUAUCAGAUUUUUAAAAAGCUAUAAUUUUGAAAGUUAGUCUACAUAAUUCUGAUUUCACCAUCGUUCUUUAAUCGGCACUAUACAUAUGUUCAUAACAAAACAUUGAAAAAUUAGAUUUGUUUCACAUAACUUUUACUUUUAAUGAUUUUCGUCAAAAUUGAAUACUAAAAUUACUCUAUAAAAAAAAAUACUACAUUUUUUGUUUUGACCACAACGUAAGACUUUUAAUGAACCUCUUGUUAAAUUUUCACGCAUUUCUGUUAAGCCUAACAAUUUUUCCACACAAUACCUACUGAAUAAAAAUUACGCAUAAAACUCACAAAACACAAAUGUCCAUAAAUAGCUCAAAAAUGGCUUAAAUUUGUUGAAAAUUUUCCUACGUCUAGAAAAGGUAAAUAUAAGUUUUUGUCUGAAUUUCAAGUCUAUAAAUCGAUAAAAAUAUUUUUAACUGAAUUUCAACAAAAACAUUAAUGUUUUUAUAAAAAGCCUAAAAAUUGCUCAAAUUUUUUGAAAAUUUCACCAUGUCUAGAAAAGGCAAACAUAAGUUUUAUCUCUAAAUUUUAAAUCUGUACAAAUAUUUUGUACUAAAUUACAACAAAUUAUAAAAUUGAACAAAUAAUAAAAGCAUUAUUUUCUUAAAUUUCCUGUUUUUCUUACGUUUUUUUCCCCACUUUUUCUCUUUUAUUAGAAAAACUGCCAGGGAAAUCAAAAAAAUGAUUUGUUUAAUUACCACCCCAAGAAAAUUUCCUUUCAAAAAAAAAAAAAAUAAACAUCUUUGUAAAAUCAAUAUAUUCUUCGCUACACUCAGAAUCUAAAAAAUGAAACUUAAACAGAUUAAAAAUAACUUUUAAAUUGUUUAAAUAAGCCAGGCGACAAUAACUUUGAUGGUGUUAAACAACUCGAUUUGGAAACAACGGAACAUAUUUUUAAUAUUAGGCACAGAUAACUGUGAUAAUAGGUUAAAAAAAAAAUAUGUUUACCUCUGUCUACUGACUUAAAUGUAAAGAUUUUCGUUUUCUGUUUUAUAAUCGUAUAUACGUAUUGUUGCAAACCGUCUUCGUUGAUAUCGAUAAUCCCUUUCAUGCAGGUUUUGCCCAUAAUAAUAUUAUUAUACAUAAUAGGUACGGGUAUUAUAAUAAUGUUAUGUAUUGUUAUGAUAGUCGCGUGCAAAUAACAUACACGCGUCGCUGGUUGUUUUCUUUGGUUUUUUUGUCUCACCAAUAAAACACAUCGACAAAACAGUCGUUUAGUACGAUGUUGACAAACGAUGACGCGAACGUUACAAUGAUACUACCCGUGGGUCGUUUAAUCUAACACCCUUUGCCACUAAUAAUUAUCGUAAUGUAUACGAAAAUGACGCUUGACGCCAGGAAUGCGAUAUUUAGAUCCGUCAAUUUCAAUUUAAUUCAGUCAGUGCUGUAGUCGUGAAAAAAGCAGAGGAUGUACCUAUUAUAGUGCUAUAUGCAGGAUAUAAUGAGCAGCAAAAUAAAAAAGACUUCUUAUCUUAUAUGUUAUUAUCUUAUAAUAAUAUAUACAUUAGGGUGCCAGUUAAUUAUAUAGAAAGAUAUUUAUUUGUCAAAUUUUGAAGGGCGCCGGCGGGAAAUUUGUUCCAAUACAUCUAUUAUUAGAGUCUGUAAAGUUUGAGCUCGAUCAAACAUAGUUAACACAUGGCGACUUAAGCUCAAAGUUUUAUGAAAAAACGUAAAAUGUCACGGUUUGUUGCAUAACUACUUAAAAUUUUAUUUUAAAAAAAAUUGUAUAGAAUCAUUAUUGUAGGACAAUUAAUUUCCUAAAAAUAAUGUAUCUUUACAUUUGUUCGUAAAAUUAAUUCUUAACCGUGAAAUAAAACAUAUACGUUGAAGCUCAUGUUUUAUGAAAAUGUUAUUUUGGAAAUAUACUUUAUUUUUCAUUGAUAGGUACAUGAUUAAAUAUUUUUAAAUAAAAUAUUAACAUACAAUUUAGAUUUAUACUUAUCAAACUACUGUUCAAUAAUCGUUAAAUGAUUUCUUCAUGACUUCCAAUGUAGCAUUUUUGGGAUAUUUUUUACGGUAAUCUUGAACGGUCUAUAAUAAAAAAAAUAAUUACCUACCUUUAAUUUUGUUUACAUAUUACUUAUCUAGAAAAUGGUUUUAAUAUUUACCUUUAAUAUAAACUGUUUUUGGGUUUCAUCUUUUGUAAUUUUAUCAUUAAACUCUUCNGAUUUUAAAAAUUCUGUUGAAAUUUUAAAUUUUUCAAAAAACUUUAUUGAUUUAUCACCAAUAAGCUUAACUAAAAUGUUAUUAUCAUCGUCUUCUAAAAACUGUUUCAAAAUCUCUUUUUUUAAUAUUAAUUUUUUUGGUGUAUCAUCUUCGUUUUGCGAAUCUCCGUCUUGAAUUACUUGAUUCAAUAUUUUUUUUGUCAUCAUUAUUUUAGUUUUAUUGUUUACUCUUUCAUCAAAUAAUGAGAACACAACCGUCUCUUCAUUUAAAUAAUAUAAAUGAUUAAUUUUUUUCGUUAAUUCGUUAAUUUUUUAUCAAUUCCAAGCAUGGAUCCUACUCGACCUUUUUCUCUUUGCCUGAGUAAAAACUGCCUGUCUUCUUCAAUAUUUAUAAUAUUCAAAGCGUUUUGAUGGGCAAUAUCAAAAAGAUCAUUUAAAGUACCACAAAACUGUAACUCUCUUUGUUUGAAUUUGUCAUUUUUUUUGUUUUUGUUUUUUAAUAGUUAUCGCCAAUUAUUAUAAAUAUUUUUUAACUUAUCUUUGCAUUUGUGAGUAUCUCUAAUAGGAAUUAUGGCCUUCUUCCAAAAAACUAUACACUCAUCAACAACAAGAAGGGCACUAUCAUUCAAAUUUAAUUUAGAGAUCCUCAUAUUAAAAAAUAAAACGUAAAUAGUCACUAAUUGACGGUAAUUUCGAACCAGUUAUUUGAUGUUUCAUAUUACCAAGAAGAAAAAUUUGUUCAUGAUUAGGCAUUUUUAAGAAUAUGAUAUGGUAUAUAUUAAAUAUGUAAAUAAAUGCACUUUUCAAGAAAAAACAACACUAAUACUAUAAUACUAUAUAACAACGCUAAUUACUCAAUAUUCUCGAUAGACGUACGUUUACGAACUAAUUAAAAUGAUACUAGGUACUCUAUCGAUUUUAAGUUGUGUAUGAUUCAAAUAUAAAAUAACCCAACUAUUACCAUUGUUUAGAUACAUAAAGAUUAAAUUUAGAUUUAAAACUGAUUAUUAUAUUGUUAUUUAAUAUUUAUAUGAGAAGUUGCUUAUCACACAUAUUAAACGUAAACAUUUAAACGUAUAAACUAGAUAUUACCAGGUAUUUUUAUAACAUAUUUNAUUAUUUUUAUUGGUAAGGGUGAACUGUACAAUGAAAUGUAAAGAUACAUUUUUUUUAGAAAUUAAUUUUAACUACAAUAAUGAUUCUAUAUAAUUUUUUGUCAAAUAUAAUUUUAAGUAGUUAUGCGACAAACCGUGACAUGUAACAUUUUUUAGUCAAACUUUGACCUUAAGUCGCCACGUGUUAACUAUGUUCCAUUAACCUUAAACUGUUCAAACACUAUUUUUAGAUGCAUUGGAACAAAUCCCCGGCCAGCGCUCUUCAAAAUUAACAACUACAAAAAUAAGUGGCAGCCUAAUAUACAUAAUUGUGUAAUUAACUCAUAGUCAAUAAAUCUGAAUAUGCUGAGAAUCUUGAAUGAUAAAGGGUUAGGUUUCUCUCAUCUGUUGUAGCGUAUUUUAUUUAACAAGAAAGUAUGUUGUUAAAUAAAAUAAUAAUUGACGAACAUAAUUUGUAAUAUAAAAUGGAAUUUUCGAGAUUUUGUUGGUAGAAUAUUAAUUAUUUUGUAAAAUUGAAUAACUAAUAAGUUUUUUAGUUCUAGCACUUUAACUAUAUAGGUACCUAUAUAUAUAGGAAUACAUUUACAAAUAGGUAUAAUUGUAACAAUAAAUAUAGUAAAUAAAUAUAUAAAUAAAAAAUGUAUAUAUAAAAAUAAAAAAUAAUAAAUAAAAAAAUGAAUCCGUUGCCUGAAGUUUUGUGAGAUAAGUGUAUUAUACGACCGGUUUCGAAUUAAAAAUUCAUCAUCGGGUAUAUCACAGUCAAAAUGUAAAAUGUGACUCUUGAUUUUACAACAAUAAAAUAAAUAGAAUUUCCGAGGAAUCUACCACCGUUAUUUCACCCUCUCCCCUCGAAUACGUUUUUAUAUUACAGGCACCUUCUUUCAUGAUUUCAAUGACUUAAAUAUACAUACUUGAAUUUUGCAAUAAGGCCUUACAAUUAUUAUAGCCUUAACAUUCUCCUACUUAUUUUUACCAGAGAAAAUUGACUGAAAAAUACAAAUAAAAAUAUAUAAACAUUACGACAGUUGUAAUAAUAUAAUUCAAUUUUGGUGAUAUACUAGACAAAUUCACAUUACAGCGUCUAAAAAAGUUUCAUUUCGAUACGCGUUGAAUUAAUGCUAAAACGAUCACGAAUCUUUUCGGUGAAGUUUCUUAAUACGCAUACGCGAUUAUUCACGACUUGUUUUCUUGUACGCUCGUAUAAAUAGCUUUUCUUAAUAUUUUGUUUUACGAAACUCGCCAUUGCCAACAAUAUGUGUCUUUGGUUGUAUAUCUGAAACUAGACACUAUAAACGGAUCCCUCGUAUAUACAAAUAAAAUAGGAUAGAUUUAAAAAAAAUACACGCACACACACAGUUCCGACCCGAUAAAGUUGUAAGCUGUUCGGAGACCGUUGAUUGAGGUUUUUUCCGGUUUUCACGUAGGGAUAAAAGUUUCACGUAUAAAACCCUCGUAACCGAUUUGUCAUCCACGUUUCAGGCCAAAGACUUGCCGGCGAUGGACUUGAGCGGCACGUCCGACCCGUACGUCCGGGUAACAUUGCUGCCUGACAAAAAGCAUCGACUGGACACGAAAGUGAAACGCCGGACUCUAAAUCCGCGCUGGAACGAGACUCUCUACUUUCAGGGUUUGUUGCAUUUUAUUAUUUUAUGGCGAAAAACAAAUUAGGUAUAUAAAAAAUAAAAAUAAAAACAAUUCUAUUCAGGUGUCACGUUUAAAUUCCUAUGCAUCAUAACAUUCACACCACUUGACCGAUCGUAUAAUGUUCCUAACAUAUUCGUAAGCGUGCGCACGGGGUAGUCUGAGUAGUGACUAUACUUUGCAAAUUUUAGACCAUUUUGUUAUUGGUGUAUGCUUUUUAUUUUCUCUAGUUAUUAACACGGUUUAAACCAAAAUAUUUGUUCCGAUUAAAUACGAAACGAGUUCGUUAAAUAUAUAAGUAAUAAUUAAGUGGCACGGAUAAUCAAAAAUAUAACAUAUCAGCGGAAUCGGAAAAUAAAUAAUAUAUUAUAUUCUCAAUGUUAUUUAUUUUAAUAAAUUAUUGAUUUUUUAGAUAAAAUUGUUGUAAAAAUUAAGAUCCCCAUAGUAUACUCACUUACUUGUAAUUACUUUGUCAAUAUUCUCUGCACACGUCUAUGGUUCCCAAUAUACAAAUUUAUUGUGUUUAUACAAUAUAUUAAUUUUCAUUUACAAAUUACACGACGUUUGUCGUUGUAGUGAAAAUAAAACCUACACUAAAAAGCGUAUUUUAUUUAAUUUUUAUUACAGGUUUUACAAUGCAAAAACUUCAUAACCGGACUCUACACUUACAUGUGUUUGAUUACGAUCGUUUUUCCAGAGACGAUUCAAUUGGCGAGACUUACAUUGAACUCAACAACGUAAGUCUACGUUCAAUAAUAAUAUGAUUUAAACAUUCUGUGUUAAGUUUAGUGAACUAAUAAUAUUCUGCGUAAAAUUAUAAAAUAUGUGUUACGUUUUUAUGUUCAUCAUUUUCGAAAUCAUUCGAAACAAUAUUCAAUUCAAUAAUAUUCUCUAAUGAACGUUCAACGUUAAGUCUUAUCACCAUAAUAUUAUCUGGCCCAGCGGUGUCUAAUUUAAAAAUGAUUUCUGUGCAGACUUUAAUUGAUAAAAAAGUUGUUCUAGGAUAAUGGGGAAGGGUAGAGCAACAGGUAAAAGUGAGAAGUUGGGUAGGUAGUAGAGAGACAAUUUAAUGUGUAACUGAAUAUGCAACGAUUGACCAUUGCUAACGAAAACAAACAAUUUUGAGCGGAAUUCAGUUGAUAGUGUUACUUUACUUAUAUAUUUUCUUUUAUCAUAUUUGUUUAAUCAUAUUUAAAUAUUUAAAUAAUAAUUUUUCCUAAGUUUUCCUCGGUUUUUUCUAUUUAUUGGGAAAACUCUUAGGAAAAUCAAAAAAUGGCUUCCUUUAAGUACCACCUUAGUCAGAUUUUCUUUCAGAAAAAGUGCUAUCACUGUAAAUCGGAGCAAUAUUGCUGUUAGAAAAAUUGUCCAUAAAAAAAAAAUUAAAAAUAAACAUCAUUGUUAAACCAAUACUUUCCUCACUCCACUCAAAAUCUAAAAUAAUAAAUAUGCAGAAAAUAUAUUCUUGUCGAAUCUUUCUCAAAAAUAAAGAUUAUUACACUCGAUUAUUGUGUCUGUUAUAUAAUAUAUAACAUAUAUAUUUUUUUCCCAACACAUUUGGACAUUGCUCUUUGUGAUGAUCAUUGGCUUUGCUCAAUGGCUCUCUGUGGAUCAAAAGAGCUAAAAUUGGGGAAUUAGGAUUUUUUUUUAUAGAUUGAUUUAAAUUAUAGAAUUUUAGUCGAAUUUCAAUAUGAACUUCAAUAUGUUGUUGUGGGAAGAUGGUUGUUUUUUUACACUCCUAUAAACUCUUUUAAAUUAAGCCAGGAGGAUUAAAUGUUGUUUAUAUAUGUUAUGAGUAUCAAAUAUGUGCCUUUUGGUGGUUUAAACUUUUAACCCCUCCCCUCUCAACCAUGAGUAUGCUGAGAUUUUAUGUUUUCACAGAAAAUACUGGGUUUUAAAUUACCUUAUAGACCCAUGAAAUACUCGUAUUGUAACAGUAACAAGUCAGCUAGGGGGAAAUUCGACUUGUGACGAAGUUCUGCUGCUCAAAUGUUUUUAAUAUUUUUUUUUCUAUUUUUCUAUUCUUUAUACGUUACUUAUUAUUUUAAUAUAAAUACUGUUUUACAUAUAAUUCUAUAUUCACGUAUGGUUUUUUCCAAUUUUGUGACUUGCAGGUUGACUUUACUGCGAAGCCAGUGUUUUGGAAGGAUCUUACUGCCCCACUGAAGGACAAGUGUGGCCAUUUGUUGACAUCUUUGUCUUACAAUCCGAUGACCAACAAUCUGACGUUGGGCAUUAUCGAGGCCAGAAACCUCAAGGCUAUGGACAUUAACGGGAAAUCUGGUAAGUCACUGUAUGGAUUGCACAGGGAAAUAGUAUUAUUAUAAUAAAAGAUUUUCCACGAUGAAAAAUAUCUCGUUUUCGAUUCCAUGUAGAUGAGGGAUUAGUGUUCAGCGAUACAUUAUGUAUUUGUAUUAUUAAAUUAUGUCAUAAUGUAACAUAUUUAUGAUAUUAAACAGUGUUUUAUCAUCGUGUCGAAAAAAUACCGAAUGCACAAAUUAAAUGAUUGUGAAAACUUUUGUUGUUUAUUCUCAACAAAACAUAUUUAUGUAUUAUGAUAUUCAAUGGUUGAAAAUCGUAACUUUCAAUAACGUGGCGCUAUCACUAUCGUUAUGUUUCUUAAAUAAAAUAAGUUUCGUAUAGUCACCGCUUAUUUAUGUAGGGCCUUACAGAAAUUCGCCUUUCUUUAAGCAGUGCACUAAUAUUAUCUUAAAAUUGACUUAAAAAGGAAACCAUUAUGUUUAUGUCAAUCUUAGAAAAUUUACUAAUCUAAAUAUUAAUUCUUACAACGUAAUAGGAUUACAUUAAUUCUUGAAAUUUAAAUGAAAUAUUAAGUUAAAAAAUGUUUAUUUUAAUAUAGACUAGAAUAAAAAAAGAUGCCCAAGUAUAAUGGGUCGGGUGUUAUGGGGUUAGGUGGAGAAAGGGUUCAUGGGUUAUAUGAGCAGCCAAUGUUAUAGGUAAUUUAAUGUAUAUCUGUAACCAAAAAUUAAUCAUUGUUAACGAAAAAAUGAUUCUGAGGGAAGUUUAGUUAAUAGUGAUGCUUUGUCAACAAUAUAUAUGUCAUAUUAUGGUAAAAUAAUUAAAUAGGCAUUAUAUAUUUUCUUUAAUAAUAUUUGCUUAAUAUGGUACCGAUUUUCCCGUUUUUCCUGCGUUUUCCCCUGUUUUUUCCCGGUUUUUCACAUUUUCUGGGAAAACUCUAGGGAAAAUCGAAAAAUAAUCACUCCAAAGUAUCUCCCAAGUCAGAUUUCCUUUUAGAAAAAAUGCUAUUAUUGUCAAUUGGUAACAAAAUUAAUGGUAGAAAAGUUAUCUACAGAAAAAAAAAUCGUAAUAUUUGACUAAUGUAUUUGGUACAUUUUCCCGUUUUUUCUCAGUCUUUCACAAAAUUUGCGUUGUUUUUCUAUGAAAAAUGUAGUACUAUACACGACACCAAAAAUAACAGCAUAGGGACCAGUACCACUACAAAAGAAGUAUCGUCGCUACACCCAACUACUGAUAAUAUUUGACCUCAAUUUUGUUAAGGUUAAACUAUUGUAUUGCAAUAUAAUAUCGUUCGAACAUUUUUCGUUUUCGGAAAAUAUUAUUAUUUCCCUGAUUGAUUCUGUAAAAAUAAAACAUAAUAUAAAUAUUAAUUUAUUUGUAUAAAUAAGCAAUACCCCAUAUCAUUUAUGAACCAAUGUAUUAAAUAAUAAUGAUAAUGAUAAAUUGUACAUGUUAUAAACAAAUUGGGUAUUAUGAACACAUUGAAAUUUUUAAAUAACCAACUUGAAAUAUUUUAAUUUCAAACUUUAUACAUAUUAUAAUCAUGAUGGAUAAACAAAACAUGCUGUGUACAAAAAAAAUAUUUAUAUACAUAUAUAUUAUAUAUAGUCGUGUUACGUUGCAUGUAUAAAUAUAAUUAUUUAACAAAUUAAAAUAUCAAAGUCACAAAAGUGUCAAAUUGUGUAACGUACCUAAAAAUUAUUCAAUAAAUAAUAAUUAUAAACAAUAUAACGAAUCAAAAAUUGGCGUUAUCAUAAAAAAAAAAAAUUAAAUAAAAGUUAAAUUAUGUGUAUACCUAACACGCUGAAAGUGUUAAUAAUUUAUAAAAUAUAGAUAUUAUAUACAGGCACAUUUUCACUUUUUACUUGAUUAUUGGUUUCUGGUUUUUGGUGUUUACUCUUGUUUUUAACUGUACACAAAUUUACGCGAUUCGUUAGUACAUAUCUAGUAUUUCCUUUUUUUUCUCGUUGCCCGUUUAUUCGUUCGAUUUGUUGUUCGUGUUUUAUCUCCAGCUACAAUUAUUAUCGAUGCAGUAUUUUUCUUCACAAAACGUCCACGGACUCGUGCUAUGUUACUGCGACUGUUUGACGAUUUCAUUCGGUCGGCAUCAUAUUCUUUGGAUAAUAUUGUAGUAUCGGCAUCCCUCUCCGGAAGUUCAAAUAUGUUACUUCUAACCGACAUGGGCGUUUUCAUAAUUUUUUCGUUGAAUAUAUAUUGGCGGUGUUUAAUCAUUUUAAAAUAAGACAUCGCGUUGUUAAUUAUAUUUGUGUCGUGCGCACUUACGAAAUUUACGCCUGGCAUAAAGAAUCCGGCAAUAAAAAAAACCCAAUCCACAAACAUGCCGUGACAAAAAAACCACUUUUUCCACAACGCAUAGUCAAAAUGGUUUAUAAAUUUCCUAACGACAUCAAUAUACAGGGUCAGUUUGGAUUUGAUUUUGUCGGGCGGGAUCGGAGAUUUUUCAGUCAUGUUGCGGAACACACAAACCAAACUACUCGAUAGAUACACCAUAUUGUGUUUAGUGUUGUUGAACUUCGUAAUAAGCGUCUUAAUUAAACCGUUAAUCAGCUGCCACUGAAUACCGCACCAAAACUGAUUGACAUUCGAUAGAAAAUCGUUUAACAAAAAAAAUGAGGCCAAGUCGUUUAUUUCUUUUUGAUAAUAAUUCUCAUCGUCCGUGUUAAUAAUUGUAUACAAUUGAUUUUUUAACGUCACCGAGAUAGUUAACGGUAUGAUAAAUGAUUCGUUAUUAUUUCCGUUUAAAAUUUGUAUACCACAUACUUCUGGUGCACAUUUCUUCAAACGGCCAGCUCCGACAUUUAAGUACCUGCUCCAAGUAGUAGGACUUGUCCCUUCUGUAACCGAAUGGUUGACUUUCAAUUUUUCAGAAUGGCAAACAAUAUCCAUUCCGUAUACAAUUAAGUAACAACGCGUUAGACUCGAUAAACAGGAAUUUUAUAGUGUAAAUUUUCGUCGUUCUACGACAAACAAACCGUUGGUAAUAGGUAUUAAGGUUAUAAAUUAUGCUUUUUCGGCUUGCAUAGUUUCGGCAGGUAUUAACAAAAAAGCAAAAAAUAAAAAUCUACUGUUUAUAUUAACAAAAUAAAGAAUAUAUAGAAAAAAAAAAUAACAAUUGGUAACAUAGAGAAUUAAACAAGAGAUGUCACAAAUAUAAGAAAUUCCUUGUUUUUUUACACUCCAUGACAUAUAUACGGUAAUAUAGGCAUAGAUUAUUAUAAUAUAAUAUGUACAUUGUACGUAGAUAUUUUUAUUUUUGUAUUUAUUUUAUAAAAUAACCUAUAGAUUCGGAGACAAGUCAAAAUCACGGCCAAACAGUAUAAAAUGAAAUAUAAAGGACCGGUAUACAAUCAUCGAUUUUGUUAUAGUUAUGAUUUAACGCCCCGUAAAGAAGAAACGUCUGUAUUGUAAACUCUCGUAAAGCUAAAUGAGUAGAUUACGUUUCGGUUAAGUUGUUAACCGAUGUCAGCUGGUUAAAAUAUUAUUACAGUCCGUUAAAGCUUUUGAUUGGAAGCUGGAUAAAUGUUUAUUUUUAGAUUUCGGGUGUAGCAAAAAGUGUAUUAGUUUUACAAAAAUAUUUUUUUUUUUUUUUUUUUCACUUUGAAUUUCUACUAGAAAUUUUGCUAUCAUGUACCAAAUGUAGAAUUUUUUUUGAAAGGAAAUUCUUUCUAUAUGACACUUCAGAGAGGUCAUUUUUUAAUUUUUCCAAGCAGUUUUUGUUACAUCUAGAAAAAAACCGAGAUAAAAUAUCGGAAAAACGGGGAAAUCUACAAAAAAAAUACUUUUAUUUUUUUUCAAUUUUAUGAUUAGUUGUAAGUCAGUUGAAAGUAUCCGUAUAGACUCAACAACUUUACAAAAAUAUUAAAUUUGCCUUUUCUAAACGUAAUAAAAUGUAUAAACAAUUUAGCUAUUUUUGAGCUAUUUAUAGGCAUUUUAAGUUUGCGAGUUUUGGACGUAAUUUUUAUUUGGUAUGUAAAAUCUGUAGUAAAAUUGUUAAACUUAACAGAAAUGCUUCAAAAUUUAAGAGGGAGUGAAAACAAAGAAAAUUGAGUUUAAUGUAAUAUUUUUUAUAAGAUUUUAAUAUAAGAUACUUUAAUAUAAAAUGUGAUGAAAAUCGUUUUAGUAAAAAAUUAUGUCGAAUAAACCUAAUUAUUGGUCCAUACGAAUUGUUUCAAUAUAUAUUUAUUUUACUAGAAUAUUAUAUAUUAUAUAUUUUUGAAAGAGCAACACUAUUAAUCGAGCUCUGCACAGUAUCGUUUUAUGUUAGCAAUGAUUUAUCUCUGCUUACAGAUAUACAUUAAAUUAUCCUCUAUAUCCUACCCUCCCAACUUCCUAUCUACAACAGUGGUUCAUCCACUGUUGUUAAGAAGUAUGUCCGUUGUUUUUUUUUACUAUUUUCAAUAUUUUAACGCUAUCAAUUUGAGCAAACUGUUUUUUUAUCUCUUGUGUUACUGUUUUUACUAUUUAUAAAAUGAUAAAUUCGUAUUAAUUGUUCACGGUUAUGGAUGUUUUAAAUUAUAUUUAUUAUUUAGAUCAUGAAGUUGACAAUGGUGAUAAUUAUUGAAGUAAUUCAGAUGACACUUUAUUCAAACUUACUAAAUUAGUAGCUUUCCCUAGACGGACCGAAGUUAUUUUUUCAAUGGAUAACCCUCGGGUUCAUAAUGCAAUUAUUUAAGAACUUUCAUCUUGGUAUUCCUAUUAAGGCACUUUUUUGUGCACUAGUGAGGCUAAAGUUUUUACUUUUCAUUGUCUUAUCGUCUAUAAUAUUUUUGAAAAAAUAAAAUAAAUUCACAAAAUAACAAUUUCACAAAUUAAUGUCCGUUAUUUAUCAACUUUUAUGGUUUAAUAUAUUAUCUAUAAGGAACGGAUUUUAUUGUAAAUACAUAUUUUUAUUGGAAUGAGAUAUUUUUAAUCUGAUAAAAAAUGUAUAUGAUUUAUAUCAUUAUAAAUGAAAUAGGCCCAAAUAAAUUUUAUAUAUUUUUACAUACUUGGUAAAUAAAUACAUAUUAUGUAAAUACUUUAGUAAUUUCUUAUUUUGUCAUUGAUUUUCGACGAGGUCAAACAUUAUCUGCUUUGUAUAAAACGACAAGAUAAGUAAUUUUUGACAACGAUCAAAAUAUUCUACGUUAUCUAAUUGGUGUUUACCUUAGCCGCUAUAGAUUAAAACUAAUUCAGCAAUUACUGAACAUGAAACGUGAUUACGGUAGCAUGUUCUGUAUACACUAUUGUGGAUAUGGAAACUUGACAUUCGUUUUUCGUAAUAUUCGCAGUCGAUAAUAUUCGAAGUCGCAUUAAGUCUCGUGUACGUAUAUAAUUUCCAGUUUUUAAAAUUCUGAAAGUUAUGAAGUCGAAAGCGGAUUAUUAUUUAAAAGUUUCCAACCAGACAAUUAAAAGUGAUGGAGCAAUUUUAUUCUAUCCGUGCUGUGAAAAGGCAGUAUCAAUAAAUAAGUAGUUACGCAACGUAUAUCUAAAUCUAAGCAUCCUCAACUAGGCAACCUUCAACAAUAUGUUGUUGCUCAUUGUUUUAUUCCGAAGUAAUAAUCCUAGUUUUAUAUACCUACAUCAUUUAUAUUAUUUAUAUUUGAAAUUAAUUAUAAUUAUAAAAAGCUGUCCUAAAAUAAUGGGAAUGGGUGCAGCCACUGUUGUAGGUGGAAAAUAGGAUACAGAAGGGAAUUUAAUCUAUAUCUGUGAGCAACGAUAAACGAUAUAAAUAUAUAUUUUUCAAAUCCUGGUUAUUUUAUAGUGUAUUAAAUGUGCGAUAAUCGGUUUAAAUACAUUUGUUUUGUAGUCUGUACGAAAUAUUUUAAAAGUUCAUGUCUUUUGAAACGUAAUAUCACGAGUACAAAUCGUAUCUACCAAGCAUAAAGUUAAGUGGAUACCAGUGACGUCUCCAGACCUUACCUAUGGGAGGGGGGGGGGGUGAAAUAAUUAAAUUAAAUUAAAAUUAUUGAUAAAAAGAAUAUGCGGACAUUAUGGACAUAUACUUCGCACGAUAGGUUGACCAUUGCUGUAAAUGAAAAGUUGGGAGAAGUUAGGAAAGUAGGAUAUAGAGGGAAAUUUGAUGUAUAUCUGUAACCAAAAAUUAAUCAUUGUUAACGAAAAAAUGAUUCUGAGGGAAGUUUAGUUAAUAGUGAUGCUUUGUCAACAAUAUUUAUGUCAUAUCAUGGUAAAAUAAUUAAAUAGGCAUAAUAUAUUUUCUUUAAUAAUAUUUGUUUAAUAUUGAUCCGAUUUUCCCGGUUUUCUCGUGUUUUGUCUAGGUUUUUCCAUUUGUUGAGAAAACUUCUGGGAAAAUCGAAAAAUGACCUCUUUAUUGUACCUCUCAAGUCAGAUUACAUUUUUAGAAAAAGUGCUAUUAUUGUAAAUCGGAACAAAAUCACAGGUACAAGAGUUGUCAACAGAAAAUUAAAAUCGUAAUAUUUUACUAAUAUAUUUCGUAUAUUUUCCCAUGUUUUCGGAUUUUCACAUGAUGAGAAAACUCCUGAGAAAAUAAAAAAAAUUAUCUCUCUAAAGUACUACUCCAAGAAAAUUUCCUUUCAAAAAAAUGUCUACAAUGUAUACAUCGUAGUAAGUUUUCUAGUAGAAAAAAUGUUCACAUAAAAUAAAAUAAUAAACAUCUUUGUUAAACCAAUACAUUCUUCGCUACACUCAGAAGCUAAUAUAUUUUUUUGUAAUUUUCAUUAUUCACGCAUUUUUUCGGUAAUUAUAUAUUUUAGAUUUUCUAUUCUUUAUUUUAAGAAAUAUGUAAUUUUAUUAAUUUAUUAAUUAACCCAUAAAUUUCUAUUUAUAAUAAAAAUUUAAAAGAAGGUAUUUUUCCAACUCAGUUUAAAGUAGCAAUUGUUAAACCCAUUUUAAAAAAUAUUGAUUAACAACCUCUGGGAAAAUAUAGUCCCUUUUCAAUAAUCUGUAUUUUCGCUAAAAGUAUUAGAGAAAAUAGUAAGAUGCAGACUAAUUAUAUUUUUAGAGGAAAUUAAUCUGUUGUCAAAAAACCAGUUCGGUUUUACAAAAGGUUUAGGAACCAUUGAUGCACUCUAUAAAGUAUCAAAAUGUAUCUAAAGUACACUUGAUGACAGUCAAAAAAUUAUUAUAGUAUUUUUGGAUUUCGAUAAAGCCUUCAAUAAUGUUGAGCACAAACAACUUUUAAUUUCUUUGCCGGGUUUUGGAAUUGCCAACAAAAAUCUUAAAUGGUUUUCAAGCUAUAUUAAAAAUAGGAUUCAAUAUGUUUCAUUAAAUGACUAUAUGGGUAAUGAAUCUUUUAUAAACUGUGGCGUACUACAAAGCAGCGUCCUUGGUCCAGUCUUGUUCAUUAUGUAUAUUAACAGUUUAUGUAACAUGCAUAUUAAUGGCUCUAUUGCUACCUAUACCAAUGAUACCUGUUUAAUAUUUACUGAUGUUAUAUGGGAUCUGGUGUAUAAUAAAGCAGAAUCUGAAUUAAAUAGAUUCAUUCGAAAUCUUUAUUUAAAAAAUAUUACUGUUAAUUAUGAAAAAUCCGUUUUUAUGGCGUUCUCUAUUUAUAAGUGUACUUAGUUAUCAAAUCAAGAAUUAAUAAUAUAUAAUGUUAAUCAUAAAGCUAACAGUUAUAAUUAUUUUAAUAUAAAGAGAGUAAAAAAAGUUAGAUACUUAGGAUUAAUAUUAGACUGUAAUUUGAAUUAGAACUUCCAUAUUCAAAAUAUCAAUAUGCACUUACGUGCUAUAAGCUAUGUUGUUUAAAUAAAACCCUCUCUUCAGAGGAUGGCUAGAAAAUCCGAGAAAAUAAUCGUGUGGACUGUAAAAUUCCGGAAUUUACAUUCCGGAAAAGAAAACGGCAAACUGUGAAAAUCCGGAAUAUGAAACACUAUAAAUGUCCGGACUGUAAUUGCCUGGAAAAAUAAAUGCUCUGACCAGAGUAUUCAGGAUUUUAAAAAUCCGUGAAGCAUAAAUGCCAAAACCAGGAAGCCCCGGACUAUAGUAACCCUGAAUACAAAAACACGCACACUGUUAUGUUCCGGACAAGAAAUUUCCGGAAUAUCACACACAAGAAUAAUUCGGAAUUUCAAAAACACUAUUAAUACAAAUACUUGUGACACCAGGUCUGGGCAUGUCUAUCCAUCUCUGAAAACAGCCAUAAUAUCAUGAACCUUCUUUUAAUCUUAAUUCGUUUAUUCUGUUUGUACUGUAUAUGCGAAACAUCGCCAUCAAUCAGUGGUUUUUUGUUAAAUUCCGAAAAAUUCUUGUUCCGGACAUUACAGUAUGCGUAUUUUUGUAUUGCAGAUUAUAGUACGAAACUUUCUGGUAUAGGCUUUUAUGCUUUCCAGAUUUUUAUAGUCCGAAAUAUUCUGGUCAGAACAUUUAUUUUUUUACCGAUUACAAUCCGGACAUUUACAGUGUUUCAUUUUUCGGAUUUUUAUAGUCCGCUGUUUUCUUGUUUGCAAAUUUAUGCAUUCCGGAAUUUUAGAGUCCAUAUAAAUGUUAUUAAUGAUUUUUUUUCCGUAUUUUUAAGGUCCGUUUGAUCAUUUUUCGGACAAUUCUAGGUUACCCUCCACAGAUGCUAUGAAAAUUGUUUAUUUGAAACUUUAUCAAUCUAUCCUACAAUAUGGCAUAACUAUAUUGAGUGGUGCCUCCGAAAAAACUCUAAAACCGCUAAUUUCAUUACAGAAUAGAGUUGUUUGUAUCUAUCUUAACAAAACAGCUAAAGUAGGAUCUACUUAUGAUAACUAUAAAGAACUAAGUGUACUCUCUUUAAAAUUACUAUAUAAUAAAUAUUCUAUAACAUUUAAUUUAAAAAAUCAUUCUAAAUUUGAUGCGAAUUUAAGUAAAUGUGAAUAUAUACGAUAUAAUCUAAAUGUCAAUUAUUCAAAAAAAGGUAUUGGUCAGAAAUUUUUGGACUAUUUAGGACCUACUUAUUUCAAUAAUCUAGAUAAUAAUUUUAAGAAGCAUGUUAGAUUGAAUACUAAUAUUAAUUAAAAUAAAUCUUUAUCAAGUUUUUUUUAUAAAUUGUAAAGCUUAAGAACCUAAUUUUAUAUAAUCUAUAUUAUUGUAAUUUGUAUAUACUAGGUAAUUGCUUAUAAAAUAACUAGCUACCUACAACUUAAGUACUGUUUAAAGGAGGUAAUUAAACCAAAUUUUUUUUUUCAGUUUCCUUUAAUGAAUUUAUAUUAUUUAAUAAAUGGUUAAAAAAAAAAUAUAUAUCCGUGAUAAAUUGUGUUAUAAAAAUUAUGACAGGAUAAGAUACAAAUGACAUACUAAUAGCGGAUAUCAAAUGGCAUCAAACGUUUAUACGGUUAAUAUAGAGAGCCAAGAUAUCUUGAUAGGUAACCUAACAAUCUAGUUUAUGUGAUUGAUAAUGAUAAAUGACAGUAUUUUGUUAUCAUGAGUGAUAAGACCGUAUACCAAGAUUAAGUAACCAGUGCUAUAUUAUGUAACAAUGAUUGUAAAUUGUAAAAUGUUAUUUUUAUACUUUAUAGCUGAUACAUGUUGACGAUCACACAGUGUUGGGAGAAAAGGAGAGUGGUGAUAGGAUAAGAAAAUCUAAUUAGUAUGACUCUGACUAUUGUACUUAUUAUUGGUUAUGGCAUUAUGGCCGUUAUGGAUUUCGUUAUCGCCAACAAGAUAAAAUUUCGUUUUGACUGGUUUUUAAUUUAAAUUGCCCAGUAGCAGACUAUUUAACGAAUAUUUAAACAUUAAUAAAUCGCAAACGUAUUACCCAAGUUAAUUACUGUAAACGUUACAAUUAUUUUUUCAAUAUGUUUAUAGAUUUUUGUUAUAGAAAAUAGUAGUUAUCAUUUAGUUGAUAGUGUUUUAUAAAAUAAGGGAGACAGUUCAAAUUUUCAAAAUUAUACUACAGUGUAGAACAGGAAAACCUAGAAAGUAAAAAAAAAAUUAUUUAAAAAUCCUAAUACUUACUGAGAUAUUGACUGGUUUAUGAUAAAAUAAAUUACCUUUUAUACAUGUGGAACUAUAUAAAAUAAAAUUACAUAGAUUAAUCAUUACACUGAAGUCAAUAGUAGUUAUAGUAGCUAAUAGGUGCAUCUAUAUUUGAGUGCAUUUAAAAUGGCCGAACGAAAAGAAGAUUGCAAUAUUAUACCUAUCUGUCGAGGGUACACUUCUACUUUUUUUUUGAUAACUCAAACGACCAUACAUACCAAAACUUACAAAAGAACGGGUGUCUUGAAAACAAUAUGUAUACACACAUACGUGUUGCGAUCGGAAACCCGCAUUGACCCGUUACUGUGGUGCUCGCGUUUUUAAACAUUAUUUAUAAUGUGCUGCCUCAGCUCAAUUGUUUCAUUGGUCUAUAGUACAAUCUCUACCGCCUUCAACUAUUAUUAGCGCAAUUUUCGUUUGGAUGGGACUGAGGAACGUUUCUCCUGCCUCACCCAUAGACAAUUGAAUUUUCCGGGUAAACCGAAGCCAUGGAAAUUUCGGAAACGGUCGUGCAAAUUUAUACAAAUUGCGUGCUACAAUUUGUAUAGAAAAAUUGUUUAAAUUUGAUACGGGGGAAAUAUACGUUUUUUAUUUAAUUUCUGAUAAAUAUACGUAAAUUUUAAAACUUGUACGACCACUUUACAUAUUAAACGUCACACUUGAGUUUUACGAAAUUUCAAUCAAUUGGCCUAGGCAUAACGAAAAAGCUCUUAAAAAAAAAAAAUGUGAAAGUUCUAUGAUUAUAAUAUAAUAUAAUGAAUUCAUGGAAUUCAUAAAUAUAAUUAAUCAUCCAUAGUGCGUAGGGUAGAUACCCAUUAUUAUUAUUGUUCUUUUUUAAAAAAGGGUUUAUUAAUUUGAUCUCGAAUUUAUUAUCUCAAGCAGGUAUAAAUAUGGAAACAAUGGUAUUCAUCAUCACGUUAUUUAACCGAUUUAAAAUCCAUUUUUUCUUUUACGUCACCAUAAUUGUUGUGCAUCGAAAAUUGUGUCAAGUACGAGCAUAUGAAUUUUUUUGUUAAAUAUCGAUCGAUACGCACGUAUAGGCCGGCAUCACGCGAUAAAGUGGUCCCCCUCCCCCCCUCCCCCGUAGUUAGGCUUAACAUAAAUUUCAAAAUGUUUUCGAACAAAUUCAUUUCGCGAUUAUAAUGUGGAUAGGCACGACGAAAGGUUUUUUUAGGUUUUAAAGAGACGUUUAAUACCCUAGUAAUACCGUACAGCGUAUAUUAUAUAGAUUUUGUGUAAUACCGUGUGUGCGUAUACUUCAUAUACAAUGAGUUGUAGUGUUGUAUAUAAUAAUAUACUGUACUACGGUACUUAACUUUUAAUACGCAUGUACGGAGACAUAAUUUAAAACUCGUAUGAUAAUUACUUUCUGAAUUAUAAACGUUUCGGAUCAUAUAGUUACACUGCGUAUAUUAUAAUACGAGGUUCGUAUUAAAAACCGUCGGAAUAAUACUAAAAUAUUUGUUUUCGCGGAAUUUUUAUUAUAAGAACGAUAUUUACGCAAAUUAAAAUAUAAUUCUCGUGUAUAUAUAUAUAUAUGGAAAACCGUAGGGAUUUAUUGCUUUUCGUCUCAUUUUAACAUGUGCAACAUCAUUAUUUAAAUAUUUAUUCUUAUAAGUUAUAACACCGAUACGUGUGCAAAGUGAAACAUCGAUGCUACACAGGAUGAUUCAUUAACCGUGUUCACCUCAUUUUUUUUUUUUUCAAUUUUACAUAUAUUCAAAUUCUGAUUUUUAGAAUUUUAAAGUGUGGUUAAAAUCGAUAUUUUCGAAUAUUUGGGUUUUUACGACAUUUAAAGAGUGGCGAUACCAACUUUGGUUUUUCAGAGAGAGCCUAUAUUAAACAUUUAGCGAAGCACUAAUAAAUGCCGUCAUACAAAUUAUACUCCACUACUCUCUCUUUACCUAAAUUUAAAAGUGGUAUAACUCGUUAACGGGUUCACGAAAAUUAAACUGUUUGGAAAACUGUUAGGACUGGUAUUACAAUCAUUGAUUACGCAUUUAAUUAUACUGAUAACCUAGGAAUCACUCUGAUUAUCGUAUAAUCCAGUAGUUCUCAACUGGGGUAAUAUGUCACCCGGGGUGACAUAGACCCAGUGUAUUCUGUGACACGAAAUCAUCGAAGAAAAUAAAAAAAUUAAAGAACUUUUAAUUGUUUAGAAUAAUAUCGUAUUAUUUUUUUCACCGUCUUCUAACCACUAACACCGUUCAAACAUCAUAAUAUUCCCUCCUAAUCACUCACUUUUCAACGAUACAACUGCUAGAAUUUCCUAUAAUUUCAAUGGACUAUGCAUUGGCAGGGCAACGUAGUGUUGGAUUAUUGUUGAUAAGGGUGACAUAAAUCAAUAAAGAUUGAGAACCACCGGUAUAAUCUGAUAAGUAGGUAACGGAUUUUAUUGUUAUAAAAAAAAUCAAUACCUGUAACAUGAAAAAUGAAAAAUGUUUGAUCCAUAAAAUCUAAACAUCUACCUCUCGUACAAUAUUUUUCACCUUGUAAAAAAGAUUUCUGUAUACUUUCUGUGUCAUUUAUUCAUUGAUGAAAAUGUUAUUUUCCCGGUUCUGAUCCAGUUGAUUUGCCUUAAUUUUCAUUUUCUUUGAUUGAGUUAGUAGUUGAUGUCUAGAUUCUUUUGAGUUUAUUAUGGCAACCAUUUUUCUAGGAUUUUUUUUUACCAGAGAAUAAUCUGUGCGCGUUGUAUGUUGAAAUUUUAACAUUUAACUUUGAUGCAAUUUUAUUGACUAUAUCAGCACACGGCUCAUUAGUGGAUUCUGGGACACCAACAACUUCAGUAUUAUCUUCAAUGGACCUUUGUUCCAUAAGUUAAUUUUUUUGUUAAAGUGUAAAACUUCUUCGGAUAAUUUGAAGUUCUGAUCUUUAAUAGACUUAUCUUCUAAUUUAAUUUAUUUUAAAGAACAAAAAAUGUCUUUAAUUUGAUUUUUAGAAACAUCAAAUUGUUCAUAAAUUUAACAGACUUUACUAAGAUUUCAAUUGUGUUAUUUAAGAAAGUGGAUACGUUACCCUUUCCCACAUAUUGAAGCUGUUUUUUAGCUGUUGACUUAUCUUUAGCUUUGUAAGAGUAGCAUACCCAUACGUUUUUCGAUGAUGCCGAUGUUUUUCUAAAAAUAGCUUCUCUGAAGCCAGCACACACAAAGUGUAAGUACUCACGACAUAAAUUACUUUUUUUAUCAUCUCCAAUGAGAAUUUCUUCAUUACAAAUUAAACUGAUCAUUUUAAACACAGACGUAAUAAUAACAAGAUAGAUAAGCGAGUAGGACGACACUGUUCAACGUCCACACACGACGAAAGCAAAUCUAUAACUGAAAUAUAGUUGUUAUAGUUGUAUAGGUAGUUGGGAAGGUAGUAUACAUAACGUUACAUAAUUUAUAUCUGUACCCAACGAUAAAUCAUUGCUAACGAAUAAAAAAAUAAACAUCUUUGUAAAAUCAUAAGUUUUUUCACUCCAUUCAAAAUCUAAAAAUGAUUUAUUAAACUAUUUAUUCAAUCAAAUAUAAUUAAUUACAGAGUUCAUAUUAUUAAACACAAUCAUAAAUUAGUAGGUAAUCAAGAUGACAAUAAAGAAAUAAGUUAUGAUUAAAUUAUAUUUAUGUCUAACGUUUUCACAAUUUUCAUACUUUGUUGAAGGUGAUUUCUGGUCAAUAAAUAUUUUACUUUUUAAUGAAAACUCCAUAACUCCAUAGUUUUUUAAACUUGUAUUUGGGCUACAACAUUCUAAGAUACUUAUUGUUGCCAUUGAGUCAGUAAUAUAUGUACAAAAUUAUUAUUAUAUUUAACUAAGGAUGCCACGGCCGUGUAUCCCAUAUUAUAUAGGAAUGUACCGUAAUUCAUGACUUCCUAUUUCUAAUUAUUUUUAACUAAUGAGCAAAUUUAGCAUUCUGUGAUAUAAUAUUUGUAUAAUGUAUAAUUUGCAUUUAAUACAAAAACUUUCUUGUGUGUGAAUAGACUAAAUAUUGGCAUUAGUUAAAUAUUAAAUUAUCAAAGGUUAUGAACACAUUAGUUAUUAAUAAUUUGACUAGAGUAUGAACAAAUUUUCGUAGUGCAAAUUUUUGCUGGAUUUGAGUAAGGUCAUAACUAAUAAAAAAAGACGUCCUAUGAUAAUAGGGACGCGUGCAACUGCUUUUAUAGAUAAUUUAAUGUAUACCUGUAAGCAACAAUAAACCAUUGGUUACCAAAAAACGAUUUUGAGUGAAAUUCAGUUGAUAAUGAUGCUUUGUCAAUAGUAUGUAUGUCAUUUUAUAGUAAAACGGUUUGCUGGUCAAAGCUUUUCGGGUAUGAUACAGGAGUAAGUAAGAUACAGGAAAAGUGAAAUACAUUUAGGAUACGGGAGAAUUUAGUUGAGAUACGGGAACAGGUCUAAACAUCAGUUUUUUAGAGGGUUCCAUGGUUCUACUCCCAGGCCCUAGGUACUACUGUGAUACAGAGUACAGUAUUCCAAGAUACAGGAAACUGUAGCGGAUAAAGUCGGCGGGUGGGCAAACUGCCUUCGGCGGACUAGAUGCAGUAUAAUACGUAUAAUACGUUAUAAUGCUAAAUACAAGGCUAAUUUAUAUACUAUAGGAGUAGCAAUACAGAGGAAUUCGGGGUAUGUCUAGACGUUAAGAUAUUGAAAUGGUAAUACAGAAGGAUAAGAGGAAUGUUUAGAUGACAGUAUUUUUCCGAUAUGAAAAAAUCUAAAUGUUAGUGUUCUCGGAAGCGGGUACAGGCGGUGGGUGCAAUAUAACGUGUAGAAUAUAGGGGAAAUUGAAAUAUGAAGGGAUUCGGGAAAUGUCUAGAUGUCAGUAUUUUGUGUUUAAUAUAUACUGUAAAAUAGGGUGAAUAGAAAAAAAAUCGAAAAAGUUAUUACAUGGAUGAAGAAAUCGAACGCUUUACGAGUAUAUAAGUCACGAAUAUUACGCGUAAACGACCGAAAUAAAACGGGCGCUUUUCGAGCGUUAAAUAACGAAGUGAAUAAUUAACAGCGAGUAAAUGUGUAGUACCUAAUUCAAUACCAUAGCGAUGAUUAUUAUUAUACGAAUGACAACAUAGAACCAUAUAACCAUAGAUGGACAGUGGUCAGCCGGUCUAAUACUUAUGAAGCAAAACACGUUUUCAGAAAACGGAAAAAUCGGCAAACGAAAACCGUACGUUCAGGGGUCGCGUGAAAUAUGCUGGCCAAAUUGAGCUGUCUAGUCAUAUAGUUUAUUUUUGGUUUUGAUUAAUUAUACCAAUUCUACUAAUUUCCGCCGAAAUAAAAUUAAAAUGUUUUAUCUGAGGUUAUUAUUUAUAAAUAAUAGGUAUGCAUCAUUUAAUAAAAAAAAAAACAAUUUUUAAUUGCUUGAUUUUGAAUUAAACUUACUUACCAAUAAAUUAUUCAAAUAAAGUUGUUUGCGUUGAAGUAAUAGGUUUAUCUACUAUAGCAAUCAUGCACCAGGCUGUAAUUCCAUUGUCACUUUUAUAACUCAUUAAUUAUUUGUUUUAAUAAAAAUUAUAUUUGUAUGCAAAUAUUGGAAAUCUAUUUUUUUUGGAAUAAUCUAUUUUUAGAAUACAAGUACAAUGACUGUCUACCAAUCGGUUAACUUUAUAUUUAAAAUAAUACAUAUUAUUAUUUAAUAUUUACCUAAAAUUUAUUCUGCGAUUAAAUCAAUGAAUGCGUUUUGAUGAAAAUCAAAAAAUUACCUUUUUAAAGUACCAUCCCAGUCAAAUUUCCUUUUAGAAAAUGUACUAUUAUUAUAAAUCGGAGCAAAAUUGCUGGUAGAAAAGUUGUCUACGGGAAAAAAAAUAAACAUCAUUGUAAAACCAAUACAUUCCUUGCUCCGCUAUGAAUCUAAAAUAAUUAAUGAAACAUAUUUCGUAAAUUAUUUUUCUUCACAGUAUAAAUUUGUAAUUUUGAACUAAAGUCGUUCAAUGCGAUAAAUAUACUUUAUCGGUUGAUAUUCAUGGAUACGAUUAAAUUUAAUAUGUUAUUAAUCCACAUUUAUUUUGAUAUCCAUUAUCACUAUUUUGAAUUUUACAAGGUACCCAUUACGUGUAUAUUACUUUAAAAAUGAAUGAAAGGUAAUAGUUUUUUUGAGUUAUGGAAAUUUAACAAUUAAGUGGAUUGGAUAAAGUAGGUAGCCCUCAUUGAGAAUUAUUUUCAAAAAUAAAAAAUUAGGUAAAUAUUUUGGGCGGCCAACACACUAAGAUUGAGAAUCGCUGUAAUAGAAGUCUGGUUUUGUUAAUUUAAUCAACAUAAUAUUUGUUCCUAGUACAUUAUGCAGAAGCAGUUAAAUGGAAGUUAAUUCAGUUAAUUUUGGAAUUUCCCCAUAAAAAUGUACAAACAAUAUUAUAAUAUAUAGAAAGAUAGUUAAGUUAUUAUUAUUAUUUUAUUAACAAUACAAUUUUUCUUAAUCCAAAUCUUAUACAAAUAUCGGAUAUAUUUUGGAAUUAUAACAGUCGUAGAAAAUUGCAUAAGACGUACGAUAACAAUAACAACAUUAACAAUACUGUCAAAGACAGUAAAUUUAAUAUUAUCCAUAAAGUAAUUUCAAUAUAAAGUUGCACAAAUUAGCCAUACCUAUAACUAGAAAUAUACUGCACACAUUUUAUGCGGACGUGUUUAUCCUCACACAUAUCAUAGCAACAAAUACACCUCGCACUUAGACAAUUGUGACUCUUUGGUUGAGUUGAUUGAGUUCAGGACCUAUUAAGCGUUUUAUAAAAAAGAAUAAUUAUUUUUUCUUGACCGAACGAUUUUAUAUUUAAGAGGAGCAGCGUUUUCUAUAAGUGCCUCUGUACGGUCCAGAAGCAUAUAAUAAUAAUACGUGUGCCCGGUUGCCAAACCGAAUAUCCAACACCACUGCCCACCGACCAUCUGUCGAUCUGUUGUGUUUAUAUGUAAAUAAGGAAGGACUCAAAAGAAGUGGACGGGAUCGCCCAGUAAAUCCCUUGAGUACUAGUGUGCGGUGGGUGUGUAUAUGUGUAUAUUUGUAAGCAUGUAGCUUAAAACUAUGGUAACAAAGGAAAAAAUAAACGGUAAUCAGACUGCUCUGCUGGUAAUAAAUUGUAAUAUAAUAGGUAGAUACACAAAAAUGGUAUUACGGUCUUCUAGGCCCAACCAAUAAAAUAUUUAAACAAUAAAGUUCGCGGCGAUUAGCGUGCACGAUUUAAUAUCAAGUAAAAAUACAAUCAAUCAAAUACAAUAUAAAAUAGUAAGUAUAUGGUCCUUCUGGCUCAACAAAAUAAAUAAUGGUAAAAAACGCAUAGUUACGAAGUGCAGACUAGCCAGCCGCUUACCUAAACCUAAAAAUGACAAAAAUACACAAACACGAAGAUGAAAAAGUAAAAUAAAUAGGUAGGUAGGUAACGAAAAGUUAUGAAUAAAUUGGUAACUACUCUUAAAAUAAACACGAUAACACGGUAAAAAUAAUAAAUUUAAAAAGGCUAUUAGAGCUGAACUUGUUCGAUGCGCUCGAACAGCCUCGGUGGACGCUAAAAUUCUAAAUAGGUCCCCAUAGAGAUGGCCUCUUUUUUACGUUAUAUAUUAUCUCGUCGUCGUCACCGCGUAAAAUAAAUUUAUGAACGAAUGUAUUGUUAUUGUCGUGUCGGGACUCGACAGCCAUUGCCGAAGACUCCGGCGGAAAAAAAAAAGAGUAUAUUGUGGCAGCGCCGCGUGUUUGUGUUUUAUCUGUGGAGAAGAGUAUCAUUGUCGCCGUGGAGGGAUUGGCGACGGAACGAGGAUUAUAUUAUACAAUAUUACAUACGUAUAUAUAAAGAGUUACCGGUAAGAGCCGUGGCGAUAGGCGCUGAAGAAAAUUGAAUUUAUCGUGCGCGUCUUACUAGGAAAACGCGGUGGAGGAAACUUCCGAAAGGUUUCCCAACGAGUUGACAGCUGCUUUGGGGCUUCAUCGGUUAUAAUAAUGUACAUACAUGCAAAGUUAAUGACAUCGUCCCCUGGAUCCGCGCGCCGGUAUAGGAGAUGGCGACGGAAGAGAAUGCCCGCCCUCCAACGCAUCGUACACGCCGCCGGUCGGAAACGCUCUCAAGCGUGCACGCGAAUUUUCGCAAACGCCCGCACACAUCCAUUAUAAAGGAUAUGGCGGCGUCGGCGAAGUGCGCCAAGAAUCUUUUUGUCACCGUGACCGUGCAGUGACAUUCCAUGACGCGAUUCUGCUGCCGAGUUUUGACCCGUCGCGUUGGGCCCGUUUUACAGUCGACGGUAACCAGUGUAUUAAUAUUAUAAUGCUAAUGAUAAUAAUAACAUAAUGUGCAGCAGCUGUCUGUUGUGUUUAUGUGUGUGUGUGUGUGUGUGUGUGUGUGUGUGUGUGUGUGUACGGUGCAAAGUCCGAACUGUCAAAGCGAGCCAGGAAAUCACCAUCUCUCUCUCUCUCUUUCUCUCUCUCUCUUUCAGUAAAGAGAGUACUGCAGUAGUGUUGAGUAAACUCGUGUUGUAACCGCACGUGGAUGGAAAACAAAUGUCGUUUCCCCUUUAUAUAACUAUUCGAAACUUUUCCAGUGGUGUUUUCGAACGAAGUCGUAUCUAAUGUUAUUAUUUUAUGAUCAUUUAUUGUAGCCCCAAAAUAAUUGGAAGGAAGAAUAUAAUAUGCGUGUUUGAAGGGCACAAGGGCAAAAAGUUAUAGGAUUGGUCCGUUUUUCAAUUUUGAGAUAAUAGCUAACUUGAUGUUGUUCAAUGAUAUAAUGGUGCUUUGAUACUAAAUCGUAUAAUAUAUUAAGUUUCAUUUGAUGAAAAAAGGUUUUUAUAUGAUAUUGUAAGUAAAAUAUUGGAUUUACUGAUUAAAAAAUAAUGCAAUCCACGCAGUCCAUAGAGGUAUUUGUUCUGUUGAAAAAUUUUCGAAAACGAACUACAACAGUUCGUCCCCUGGGCCCGCGAGCCGUGGAGCUCAGUCACUUGAGUCAAAUUUUUCUCUGCCAAUUUGUCGCUGUUACAGUAUCUUGUGGAGUAAAGAAUGCUUAUUUUUUGUUUAAUUCUAUAUUCAGAGCACAGCGAAGAAUGUAUGCUUUACAAUGAUGUUAAUUUUUUUAUUUUUUUACUGUAAACAACUUUUCUACCAAAAAUUUUACUCUAAUUUUCAAUUAUAGUACCUUUUCUGAAAAGAUAUUUAAUCUGGAUGGUACAAUAAGGUGGCCAUAUUAAUAAUUCCCAAUAAUAAUUGGGAACAUCAGGAAAAACGUAGGAAAAACAGGAAAAUUUACGAAAUGCAUUAUUUUUAAUUUUGUUUUUCUGUUAUGAUUUAGUUAAAAAUAUUCGAAGAGACUUGAAAGUUGGACAAUAAAUUUUCAAAACAUUUUAGCCAUUUUUAGGCCAUUUAUAGACAUUUUAAUUUUAUGUGUCUUUUACAAAAUUUUUUUUUGGUAGGGGUACUAUUGUAGAUAUAACUGUUUGACCAAUCAGAUCUGCUUGAAAAUUUGACAGGAGGUUCAUUAUAUGUCAUACUAAGUGGUAAAAAAAAAGUUGGGUGUAAUGUAGGUAUUCAGAUCCGUGUAUUUUUAGAGGCGACAAAUUCGCCACUUAAAAAAAAAAAUAGAUUAACUUUUUUUACUACGAUCUGUUUUCUCAGAGUUUAUUUUUCUGAUAUCUUUUAUCGAUGGUUUAUAUAUUUUUUCAUAAAAUUCACAUAAAACAGCAAAAAUUAGCCAAAGGUAAUUUACUCAUUCAUCUUUUAUGAUAUCGAUAAAAAGAAAAUAUUGUACUCAGGUAAAUAUUUUAAAUUUCAAAAAUAGAAUUGAUAGGUCAAAACUAUACAAAUUUGAGCCAUUUUAACAAGUUCUAAAAUUUAAUUUAAUUUUAUAUAAUAUAUUGAGGAUUUUUUUUAUUAACAAAGAACAAUAUUAUAUAAAAAUAAUUUGUUUUGUAUAUUGUUUAUAAUGUUGAAAUGUUUCUUUCUCGAUUUAAUAUUUUGAAUUCUUAAGAUAACGAUAUUAAUAAAUUGUAAUUAAACUGUGUACGUUUUUUUUUUCAUUUCAUCGUUCUUGUAUUAAUUGUUUUUUAUAUCAAAUGUAUUUUUUCUACUUUUUAUUUAUUUUAAAAUAAUAAAUAAUAAUGAUUUUUUUGUUUUGCGUAUGCUAACAAAAGGAGGCAAAUUUCUUUCUUUUGUAGCAAUUAAUCCACUAUUGAGAGGUGUACAGAGCUAAAAAAAACCGCCCCCUCCCACAAUAACAUGGUGAAAUUCAUAUUGUAACUCAAUCAAAACGUACUUUCAUUAUUUUCACAUAACAAUUUUAAUUUCCGAGUUUCAGAUUAAUUGAUACAGAUGGAGCAUCCAAAAAUGUCCAAAAGUAGCGGAAAAAUAUAUAUUUGUAAUAUAAUAUAUUAAAUAUAACGCACACAAUACAAUGAAACAGUCUUUAUUCUAGGGAAAAUUUGACCUACAACUAAACAAAAAUUGUUCAAGUUAUUUGCGGUACCUUAAGUUGAUACACGCUAAAGAAAUAUCAUCCCCGAAAAUUCUCAAGAGUGUCGAUAAAUCUUUUUAUGCGUUUACAGGUUAAGUGGAUGGGUGGACUUAUAUACUGCACGCUAUCCAACGGUUAUUUUUGAUCACGUUCGAAUCUCCUGAGAGACAAACGAAUAUAGGAUAUCGAGUUUUGACCCGUGUCACGAAUCAGCUUCAUCAAAAUUUUGUUUUUAAAAUAUUUUAAAGGAAUCUCUAUCUAUUCUCACGAUAUGACUGCAGUACAUUCGGCAUACGAGACACUCGUUAUUUUAGGAUAUUUGAUUAGACGAUGGUAUAUUUGUUAUUUAGAAGUCAGAUAUUUUUUUUCCACGAAUUUUCCGGUCUGAUGUUAUUAUAAUAAGUAUAAGCACAUAAAUCAUCGUUCGAAUAUAGUGUCCGAUUUAUAAAUUUACUCUCGAAGAGAAAAAAAUCGCAUCUCGAAAUAAUAAUAUGUACGGGAACAGCCGUGAAUAAAACUAAACAAAUACGAUUAUUGUAAACAUUACACGCUUGCUGUAAAACUGCAAAGCGAGAUGAAGGGGAUUUUAUUUUUUUUAAUGUAAAUACCGAAUCAUCUUGACGGUGGCACGAGAAACUAUUUUAAAAACAUAAAUUUAAAUUCUCACGCACACACACACACACAAUAUAUAAUACAUACCCGUGAAUUAUUAAUAACGUCGUGUAUACAGUGAGGCUGUAAUUCAAAAUCCGAUGCUCUCGUAAGAUAGUUACAUUUUUCAUAUAAUUUAUUUUAUAAUAUAUACGUAAUAUUUGUUAUCUUGUAAAAAAAAUAACCAUAUCACUUUUUUCUAACGGUGGGUGCACUAUGCUAACAACAACGACAGUAGCGUGAAAAGGCCCGUCGGAGCUUCGUGUUGAGGUCCGUAAAAACGUUUUCUAUUUUAAACGAAUAACGCAGAAAACCAAACAGUAUAAUAUAAUCAUAUUUAUUUUUAAGCUAAUAUUGGUUUUUGAGAAGCACGUGGGUGGCGGGUAUUCGGUCAAAAUCGCAAAACUUUUUCCGCGGCUAUAAUAAGGGUGAAAACAAAAUCAACGAAAAGCCGGACAUAUACUUCGCACUUUGAUUAGGCCACUGUUGUGGUGAGGGAAAAAUGUAAAAGUAUAGGAUAUAGGGUAUUUUGUUUUUAUAUCGAAAGCAAUAAUAAAUCAAGGGUUACCCAAAUGCGCCCGAAAUGACACUUUUUCAAUGUUCCGAGUGCGCAAGGAAUAAGGUAAAACAAGAAUGCGUCCGAUAAAAAAUAUCAUACUUCUAACAUAACCCAAAUGCACCCCACUCAAUUUAAUGCUACCCACUAUGCACCACGAGGAGGUAAACUGGCUUAGUUAGACCACAAAAAUAUUUUGUUAUAUUAUUGUCUAUUAUUGAUUACACUUAUUAUAGUUGAUUGAGUGUUAUAUAAAAUAGAUACAGAAUACUUAGUCUUUAUAGAGUACUUUUAGUAUUUAAAUUUCUUUGCACACGAAAACAUUCGAAUUUGUAUAUUUUUCUGAAAAUUUUGAAAAUUAUGGCACUAUUUGAAUACUAGGUUAUGGGAAAAAUUACGGUACUACACUCUUUCAGUAGCGAUGGUAGCGAAAUUCACAACUAGCCAUACAUCACAGUCUUACUGAGUUUUCCUAUCGAAGUUAAAAUAAAAUUAAUUUUCCCAUUAAUCAAUUUAUCAAUUAUUAAGUUUAUCAGUUUUAAUCAGGUAUAAAUGAGUUCCUGUAUACCUAUAGCUGCGUCGAUACAACUAUGACGCAUUAGGGCUAUAAAAAAGGUAAAAAUUAAAAACAGGACGCAUUCAGGAUAUCCCCAAUAAAUCAUUGUAACCAAAAACCUAUUCUCGGAGAGAAACAAAUAAGGUUAUUAAUAAUUAAUGUUAGUCAUGUUUUUUCUCCAGAAAGUUUUGGGUUGUCGGUUUUCAACUUUUAAGAAAAACUGACUAGAAAAAAUAUGACAUUUUUUCGAAUUUUUUUUUGUUUUUAUUUGGUUAAUACUUAUGAAUAAAAUUGUUUUUCAAAAAAUAAAUACUUGAAAAAAAAGUUGGACGUAAUAAAGUGAAUUUUAGAUUCUGAGCAGAGUGAGGAAUGUAUUGGUAUUACAUAGAUGUUUAUUAGUUUUACUUUUUUUUUUUCUGUAAACAAUUUUUCAACCAAAAAUUUCGCUCCGAUUUUCAAGUCUAGCACUUUUUCUGAAAGUAAAUCUCACUGCUGUGGUACUUUAGGAGGGUAUUUUAUGAAUUUCUCAUUGGUUUUCCUAAGAAGAAUUAAGAAAAGCGGGAAAAUUUAGGAAAUGUAUAGUUAAAUUUGGGAAAAUUGAUUUCAUAUUAUAAUUAAAAUGUUGUGUUCGAUAGGGCUUCUACCUCUUAUAGGUCUUAGAGCCAAAAAGUUCCACGGUACGUUGUUCCUGAUCGUAUUACCUUCCCAGAUUUCCAUUCACAGCAGUGGCUCACCCUGUGGUAUGGCGAUAGUGUUAUUUACGGUUAUUUUGUAAAAAUGGUAUUCUUCAAAUUUAGCUACUUAUAUUUAAUCAGUAAAUUGAGUAAUUUUCUAUACAAAUUAUUAAUGAUGUAAGUUUAACGUUUAUUGAACAGCGAUUACUUAUAUAUAGAUACCUAGCGUCUAAAGUACUGAGUAACUAAUUAAUAUAUUCAUCUAUAGGUUGUAUGAACAAAAAAAAAUAAAAAACUGUCUUCUGGUUGAUAAAAAAUAAGAAUAAUGGUUGAUAUCGUUUUAAAAAUUGUCUCAAAUAAUUAAAAUUAUAUAUCAUGCAACUGACCACACCCAACCACAGUAUAACCUCUUUUUUUAAUAGUUUAUUUCCAUACUCUAAAAAAGGUUAUUACACGUAAACAAAAAUCAAUUAAUCAAUUAGUGAAAAAAAUCAACCAAGUAGAAAAACUAAAAUUGUGAACACACACAUCUUUAGUCCUGCAUAAAACAAUUGGAUUUCACUUUUUUAUUAACCGAAACAUUUUUUCAUGAAAAAUUAAAUGCAUAUUAUAUAAUAGGUUGUCAACUAGGUUCAGUAUCUAUAUACUAGCUUAUUCAAAUGUGUACAAAUACAAUGUUUACAAAAAUAAUAACCAAAACGCCAAGUCAAAAUAUUAGCGAAAUCGUUAUUGUUUCUAUCGAGUUUCGAAAUAUCCAUAGUUUUGACGUCAAAACGACAAUUUCGUUACAUUGAAACUAUGUGGCCACACACACACUCGUCUCGGUUGGGAUCAAGUUCCCGCGGGAAUAUUAUGUAAUUUUAGUCGUACUGUCGUGCCGUGUCUCAAAAGAACCGUCGGCCCGGGGACUGCAAAAUCGAUUAAUCAUCGCCACUGUGGCUUUCACGGGAAUUUUAUGGCUCCAGUGUGGUAUCACAGAAUAACAGAAAUCCGGUCGCCAGCACUUAUUAUAGUCGAUCGCAUUAUAGUGUGUAUAACAAUAUUAUAGUAAUGGCGCUAUAGAAGUUCAGAUUUAAAAAACCGAAAACGCUUAGCAAUCUAUACCACAAUAGAUAAUUUACAUAAAUAAAUACAUUUUUAAAAAUUCAAAAAAUGAAUUACAACAAUAUUAUACUCGUGCACCUUCCGGCCUACAUAAUCGGUAAUCGAUAAAUAAAUUUGUAUUAUUUUUUUCAGAUCCGUAUGUAAAAGUGUGGCUGCACGUCGGUGACAAAAAAGUGGAAAAGCGCAAGAGCAUGGUGUUCAAAUGCAAUCUGAACCCGAUGUUUGACGAGAAAUUUGAGUACACGUUACCCGUGGAACAGCUUCGGGAAGCAGCUUUGGAGGUGAUGGUUAUGGACUUUGAUAACAUCGGUCGGAACGAGCUCAUCGGCAAGAUAACAAUAUCAUGUAAGUGUGUUUUCCAACGACGCGUUCGACUAAAUUCCGUUGAAUCUAAAAAGUAUGGACACAUUUCGCACGUGGGUGGGCUAAUGUUUUAGUUGAGAAGUUGAGAAGAAAGAGGGGAAAAUUUAAUAUAUAUCGCUUAACCAUUACUGACGAAAAAAGAUUCUGAGUGGAGUCGGUGAAUAGUGUUUCUUUGUCAACAAUAUAUAUCAUAUAUGUCACAUUUUAGUAAAAUAAUUACACAUGCAUUAUAUAUUUUCUUUUAUAAUUUAAUUAUCUGUUUAAUAUAUUGUGACUAUUUCCUUGAUUUUUCCUGGUUUUCACCAUAUUAUUCCUAUUUAUUGAGUAAAUAAAAAAAAUAACCUCUUUAAAGUACCACACCGGGAAAAUUCCCUUUCAGAAAAGGUGUUAUACUUGAUAUUUCAGUACAAGAUUUCUGGUAGAAUUUUUGUACAUAGUAUAAAAAAAAAAUUAAAAUAAAAUAAAAUAAACAUUUUUGUAAACCAAUACAUUUUUCGAACUCUCUCUCUUCACGGUUAGGUGAAUAUUGCGACGGGAUGUUUCCUCGACUAUAUUUGGAACAUUAGCACUCAAUCUUCAAAUAUAUAUUUUUUAUCCGAUCCUCACAACUUCUAAAGCUGGCUAAUAUACCUGUAAAAAUUAGAAAUCUGUCCAUAUAUCAUUACACAAAACGUGGAAUGAUUUCAUGGUUUCGAAACUAUAGCACGUAACCGUUACUUUUUUUAUUUCAUUAGUUUCAGCAAUUAUCAAUUACCACACUGGAAAUAAUAAGCUGCAAAUUAAACUAAUAAAUCUCGUUGCGAAUAACCGUGCUCUUUCCUCCUCAACCAAAAAAAAAAAAAAACCUGUUGCUGAAAAACUGGCAUUAGGGUAACUAUAUAAUAGAUAUGAACAAAACUAAGAUAUCAACCAUCAUUAAAUAUUAUAUAAUAAAAAGUCCUACAAUUACCUUUAUCACCUGAAUAAUGAAUAAUACCGAUAAUAGAAUAUUAUUAUUAAUUGGAUCAUUUUGGGAGUUCACAAAUCAUAUUUUUAUUGAGACGUAAUUACUAAACUGCAAGUUUAAAUGCAAGUGCAUUUCGUCAGGUGAAAUUAUUAAUUCUAUCCAACGCCAACCAUAAAUAAUUAUUGAAAAAAAAAAAUGUAUUAACAAUAUGUUAUACUAGUACAAAUCGAAAUUGUUCAGUUCAAUGUUAAUUAUAGGAUGAGGUUAAAUUUCUUCUCCUGUACCUAAUAAGGAAAAAAUAUCAUUAAACAUAACCUCAAAUAUUCAAAUAUUGUACAGCGAGCUCAUGUUGAGACUUAAUCGAAAACGACCCUCUAUUUGUCAUGCAAAACUACGUCUGGUAAGUCAAAAUAGAAAGAUGUUUUCACUUCUAACAUGGAUUUAUACUUUUAAGUUGCUUAUUAAAGAAGAAGAAAUACCCAAGACUGUAUUGAUACGUCUUAAAACGAUUAAAAAAAUAAACAAAAUCAUCAUAAUAGGUAUUUCAAUAAUAAAUACCUAUUUUCGAUUCUGAGCAGAGGUUCUGGGGGAGGUCAUUUUUUUUUAUUUUCCCAUAGGUUUUCAUAACAUAAGGAAAAAAUCGUGAAAAACCGUAGGGAAAACGGGAAAAUUUACGAAAUAUAUUAUUUUUAAAUCGUAAUUACUACGGCUUUUCAAAAUAUGUGUAACCGAACUUCGUUCUGAAUCAUUUUUCAUUAGCAAUGAUUAAUCGUUGCGUACCGAUAUACAUAUUGAAUUUCCCCUCAACCUUUCUAACUUCUUACCUGCAACAGUUGCCCACCAAUUGUGUAAAAUCUAUCCGUUUGUUUUUUUCUUACAUUUAUUUACGCUGAAAUAAAAUUGUUUUAUUGAUUUAACAUUUUAUUUUAAAACCCCCACUAUCUAAUAAUGAUACUUCCCAUAAAGAUUUAUCUCCGUCUAAACGUAUUUUUGAGGUUUCUGCAUCAUACGCCCUCUUCAAUUUCAGUUGUUCGUCCCAAUACAAUAACUCUUACAAUAAAUUAUAAUGUGACAUAAUAUUAUAGCCGUCUAUAUUAUUUUGUAUUUCACAUACUUAUAUUAUUUAAAUUAAAAAUACCUUGUCCUUUUUUGGGAAGAACAGAAGUGUUUUCAAUAGUAUGUAUUUGAUAUAAUAUUACAAAUUACAUUUCAUGAUGACUAAAAAUGCAAUUUAGUACCCAAAGGACAAUUUUCAUAGUUUUAUUUUAAAAUAAAAUAAAAUUUGCAAACUCUAAUAAAAAUAUAUUGUUUCGAUAUUUUGCAUGCUAUACCUAUAAGCUUUUCAAAAAAUUUCUCAGAAGGCUUUUUCUUUUUAGACAAAUCGUAAUUAGCAUAAUUACAGGCCCGUUGGAGGGUGAAUGUCGUUGGUAGAUUACUUCUAUUUUUUCAAAAACAAAAUACUAACUUAUAUUAUAAUAAUUUUAUACUUAUUUUAACUUAUUAUACUAAUUUUGUUUUUCUAUAACAUAUGUGUAUAUUAUAAAAUAUAUCGUGUCUUUUCCUUAAUUCUUUCGAUCAGUUGACUGCAGCUCUUCGUGUUUUUCUAUUAAAACUCAAAUCUUUAAACUCUCGAUAUAACUUUCCAUUCGCAUGUCCUUAAUGAAUUGUGGUCAAUAUCCCAUUCUUGAGCUUUUUCUUUCAACUUUACCUUCAAUAAUCGGCUCCAAUCUACUACCAUGACGUCAGUAGUACUGUAUUUGAUUUACUAUAUUAUUAUCGUUUUUAUUUUUUGAUAUGAUUUGCUAAAGUUGUCUUUUUUCCUCAACUCUCUUUAAAAUUUCUUACCAUUUUACUCUAUCACGCCAUAUGUGAGUACAGUAUGGUGCCACUCAACUCAUGCAAAUUAGACAUAACUCUGAAUGAAACAUGCCGUAUUAUUACGGGCUGUUUAAAUAACAUAGCAAUCGAAAAACUAUACAUAUUUUCUGGUAUAUUUCUACCUCAUAUUAGACGACUGGUACAAGCAGACUGGGAAUGAACUAAAAUGGUAAUGGAUACCCGGCAUGUUAUGAAUGGAUUGCAAAUACCAAAACAACGACUAAAAUCACGGAAUACCUUCUUAAAGGGAACUUCUAAGCUAAACAGUACACCAAGUAAGCCUAGACUAGAAAAAUGGAAAGCUAAAGUGAUCAUGAUAACCAAUGGCUACAAUCAAGUGAAACCAUACCACAUGAUCAUGAGAAGAAAUUGCCGAUUUGGAAACUAUUGAACAGACUCAGAACUGGUGUAGGACGUUGUAAAGCCAAUACGAAAAGUUGGGGAUUACUAACUAAUGGAAAUAUGACCUGUGGCCAAGAGCAAAGCAUGUCCCGCUUACUCGUAUGCCCAGAUUGCACGGAUACAUGCUCCGGAGAAGACCUUAUACAGAAUCAAAAAACCAUUGACGUAGCCCAAUACUGGGCGAAGACUAUUUAACAUUCACAUCAUCACCCAUGACAUUAUCAGAACAAACCGUGACUAUAUUAUUAUGUAUUAAACAUUAUAUUAAUAGUAACAGGUUUUAAUAAUAGGUAACCUGUUACUAUUUAUUUUAUUGUUUUAUCAUUAUAAUUUUUUUUUAGUAUUUUAUUAUUAUUUAUACUUAUGCCUGACACGAAAAAAAAAAGACAGAAUUACUUAAUUUCAAAUACUUCACAGUUCUCUCCUCAUUAUUGCGCUCAUCGUCCAGAUUUCAUACCAGUAUAUUGUCAUACACGCCAUAUACCAUAUAUAUUUCCAACAAGUUUUUCUUAGUGUUAAAUCCAAUGCUAUUCGUCAUUUGUAUUUUAAAAAAUUAUAUUCCCUUAUGAAAUCCUACUUAAUUUGCAUAUAACUUGCUUCUACCAUCCUUCGCUAUUUCACGGUUUAUUUAGUUAGUUGUUUUAAGUAGCAAUAAUAGUUUUGUACUUAUUUAAUUUAUUAAUAUUUAUGCAUCUAUUAUAUAUAUAUAGGACAUUAUGUAUACUGACUGUCCCGCCCGACAUUUCCCGUGCCAAAAUAAAAAAUAUUAAUUUUUUUGUUUUAUUUUUUUUUUUAUUUCAUCCAUAUCAUCAAGGUAUGAAAAUAAACAUGGUUCAUAAAUCAACAAAAAUAAUUAGAUUUUCGUAUCGAAAAUGUUAACAACCCUUACAACCCUUGAUUAGCCAUCUAUAGGUAUUGGACUUUGAUGAAAAAAUAGCGUAUAUAUUAUUCCUGAUCUAGAAGUAGUUACAGGUAUCCAGUUUCAACGGCAAUUUUGCGUUAAGAUUUAACGAACAUCCAUACAUCCAAAUAAAUUUUCGUAUUUAUAAUAUGUGUAGGAAUAUAUAAUAUGUAUAUUAUAUAUGAAACGUAUAUUAUAUGUAUAUAUUGUAAAAUUUAAAAUUAAAAAAAAUACGACCUAGGAUAAUUGGGACGGGUGUAGCCACUGUUAUAGAUAAUUUAAUGUAUACCUGUUAAUAACGAUAAAACAUUACUUACGAAAAAACGAUUCUGAGCGAAGUUCAGUUGAUAGUGAUGCAUUUUCAACAAUAUAUAUGCCAUUUUAUAAUAAAAUAGACCCUAUAUAUUUUCUUUAAUAAUAUUUGUUUUACAGAUUUUCCCAGUUUCCCUACAUUUUUCCCGGUUUUCACAUAUUUUAUCCCGGUUUUCCACAUUUUCUGGGAAAACUCUUGAGAAAAUUAAAAAUAUGACCUCUCUAAAGUACCUCCUUAAUGAAAUUUUCUUUUAGAAACAUUGCUAUCAUUAAAAGUUGGAGCAAAAUUGUUGGUAGAAAAGUUGCGCACAGAUAAUAAAAAUAAAUAAACAUCUUUGUAUAACUAUAAGCUUCUCCACUCCACUCAGUAUAUAAAACGCUAUACUCAUAUAAUUUAUGUAAUAAUAUGACGUGUGUUAUGUUUGUCAGCGAAUAAAAACGCGACUGGGCAAGCGGAGGCGCAGCACUGGAAAGACAUGCUCAGCAAACCAAAGCAGAGCGUGGAAUACUGGCACCGAUUGAAACCCGAAUAA